GGCCUUUAUGCAAGUGUGUUGGCAAGGGAGACGCAGCGGUUCAUUCAUCUUCUUCCAGAGAGAGAGGUGAGUUAGCGGGAAGGUUAUUUCACAUGAGGGAGGAGCAGUCUUUGACCUGAACACUGCCGUGAUAAUAGCUGAAAAGCGGAGAAGAUACUUUCCCUUAGAAGCUGUAAGGAGCAAGGCUAUUUUUUCCUCCAAACAUUACAGGGUAAGUAGAGGACAUUAUUUGUCUCUUUGUACCAACAUGUUAAUAUGUACAAGAGCGGGUUUGGAUGUGUCACAUGUUCACCGUCGUACCUUUAAUUCUUGACUAAAAUAAACAAUAGGUAAAGAGAAAGGAAGUCAUGGACAUUAUUUUACCAGUCUACUAUCGGAGUUGUCUUUUCUUGGGAGAGCCCAUAACCCUGCAGUUAUGGUGUAGUCACAUCUUUAUAACACUCCAAAUGAGCCAAACUCAAAGAUUCAGUUAUGGGCUACUGAUUUGUGGAGAUUUAGGUGUUUGUUAAUUGUUCAAGGACACUUUGGGUUGUAGAGACCGGCAGUUAACAUAUUAUAAUGAUUUCUAAUUUGAAAGGAGAAAAACAAAACACUUUCUUGGCCAUGUCUGACGUGGUGACAGGAAGUGUAUUAUUUUUUCUUAGCUGCACUACCUAUUACAAGAACGCUCAGUACAUAUUAAGGUGAAGCAUAAACUGUUGCCUUCAGCACUGAUAUGAAAAGGCAGCCAGGGAAGUCCUCAAUGUCCUUCAUGCUUUAGAUGCAAUCAAUGUAUGAACAAAAUAAGGCUGUCUGUGCUGUUCUGCAAAAGCAAGAGCUUAAAGCUUGACCAUGACUUUUCACCACCAGUCUGUUUUUGAAGAUUUAGGCAAUCAGUGCCUUCUGACUGGCUGAUAGAACAGAGUAUACCAAUAAUUUACAGAUAUGUUUGCCAAAAAAGUCUUGCUGUUGGCAAACAAAGACAUUUUCUGAACCGAUGUGAGUCAGGAGAAGAGGAGACAAAAAUGUGGAAAUAAGGAAAUGUGAUGUUGAACAAGUUUAGACCUAUCUGCAUUAUCUAGUCCUCUGUAAAUGCCAGCAGGUCUUGUACAAUCAAUAGGACCAGUUUCCAACGUGUGCUGUGUAUGAGCUUGUUCCCAUUACUGCUGGCCACAUGGCACUCUGGGGUCAUGCCAGAUGAGUUAUUGCAUCAUAGUCACUGACUGUGUUUGUCUGUAAACUUGUGUAUUUUGCUAAAUCUAUAUAUAGUGUAGUUUCCAUUGAUUGUUGUUGGCAUACAUUACAGCAGAGCAAUGUAGCAUGUGAAUGGAAAGACACAAACAGGCAGAGUUGAAUGGGCACAUUCAAGACUGCUAGUGACAGUGACAGCUCAGUUUGGCUAUGUAACCUCAACUGUCAGCCUUUAACCAAAUUUAAUUCAUUCAUGACUACAUGUUGCAGCCUAUGUUUUUUGUUGAAUUGAGAGAUGUUUGUAUUUUUUGUUCUCCCAUACCAACUCGAAUAUUGGUUGAUAUAAAUUUUCAUGGUGAUACUGAUAAAGAGUGAUGCAAGUAAUUGUUUAUCUUUAACAGCUGCAUACUUAAAGUGUGCGGCUCUUAUAUGACUGCUGGCAUUGGUGUAAGGCCUGGUUCAGUGUUGUGAAGGAUUUCUUUUUUUACUACAGAAAAGCUAAUGUUAGGAUCUUGGGAUCUCCUGAUCCAUACCUCAGCUAUAUCAGUUAAAAGACAAUCUGGGCUUUUUUUUUUUUUUGCUGGACAGGGUUUGGCAGUUUCAGCGGAUUAUCUAAUCUCAAUCAUAUAAAAUAUGCAGUAGAACUUGAGAGCACAAGUAAUUUAGCAUUAACUACCCUCUGACUAAAAUGUCAACAGAGUGAAUAUUUUUUUAACUAGAGUGCAAAUACAGUCCAAAUACUAAGUGCAGUACAUGCAAUACAGUUGUUUGUGAGGCAGUAGCAGUGCAGCAGCAUUUGAUACCAAUUAGAUAUGUCAUCCAAAAACUGAAAAAAAACAAAACAAAAACUGAAAACAAACAAACAAACAAACAAAAAAAAAAACAAUUAACAGAAUCUUUUAUGCUCACCAUUAAGGUAAAGAGGAAAAGGCUGCUGCACCCAGGCAACAAUCUCUGGCCUUAAAAGGAAGGAUACAUAUCCUUGAUCAUUCAUAGCUGUGACUUUCUAAGCCAAACUGCUUUUAUUGAGUUGAUCUGAGAUUUCUUUUUAAGUAUACUCACCUUUAAAUUGUAUUACGGAAUCAAGUGGAUUUAUGAAUUAUUUUUGUGACUACAUAUCUAAAGUAAACGGAGCUAUUACCCCUUUCUAAGGAGGAUUUUGAUUUUAUACUUGAGUUACAACAGUUGGCAGAGAUUCAUUUACACAAUUUUUUUUUGUUCAUUUUAGUUCUUUUUGGAAACAAACAAAAAACGCUUGCAGCCUUAUUUUAUAUGGGCAGGUUAUGGUAGAUUCACAAUAGCAAAAAAACUGGACUAGAGGACCCUGAAAAACCCCUGAUUUUUUAAAAUAUGAGUACUUUAUUAUGUGUGUGUGUGUAGAGAUGCACCGAUUGCAAAAUUCUUGGCCGAUACCGAUUUCCGGUUUUAAAGGAGGUCUGACCUGCCAAAACCGGUUUUUCCGAUACCGAUUUUCUAUCUAAGAAAUAAUUAUAAUCAUAUAAUAGACACCAUAUUUGUUUGGCUUGAGUACCCUUUCUCAAAUUUAAUACAAGUACCCCUCUCCCAGACAAAAUUUUGCGUAUAUAACUGCAAUUAAAACCACAACUAAUGGUAGGCUAUAUGCGAUCAUAACCCCCCUUUUCAAGAAUAAAACCUCACAAAUAAGAAAUAGAGUGAGAGUUUCAACAGUGCCUCCUGAGCAGAUUUAUUUUCAACACUGACCAUAAAAUUCAGUCCAGUUUACAGAACUUACAUUCAAACAACAUUCAAAAACGUCCCAGCAUUUGCCUGGUACAAUGUAAUUUAUUGACUGCCCCUCCAGUACCUCUGGGUACCCCUAGGGGUACUUGUACCUCCAUUUGAGAAACACUGGAAUAGUUGACUUUCAAUGUCACAUCACAUUCAAUAUAUUGCAGGCUUUCAACAACACCUUAACACAAGCAGCAGUUGCUGCAACUUAAGUUGUGUUGCAAGUUAAAACUUGAACUCCAUCUAAAAAAAUAAAGUGCAAUGAAAUCGUUGUACUCGAAAAUUAAAGCUGGUGCUCAAAGUAAAUUGCACCACCUCUUUUAAUAUUUCAAAAUAAAAAGUGCAGCAUAUAAUAUAGGAUAAAACUAAAAUAUUAAUACAAACAAAAGAUAAAGUGCACUAUAUGCACUUGAAAGUGAAAACUGGUUCUUAAAGUGAACUGCACCACAUUUCAGGCCUUUGGCCUCUCUUGACAUCUCUAAAUAAAAAAGUGCGUCAUAAUAUGGGAUAAAAAAAGACAUUAAUACAAACAGGUAGCUUUAGGUUGUGAACAAAGUACUCCGUCCCACUCCCAAUGAAAUCACCUAACCAUCAAUGGCAGGUUCUUCUUCACAAACAGAAGCAUCUCUGCCUUCUCACCAGAAAGCCUGUUUCUUUUCUCAUCUAUGACAUUACUAGCCAAGUUAAACAAGCGCUCACUAUCGAUGCUUGUACAUGGAGCAGAGAGGUAGGCUUGGGCAAGUGGGGCAAGUGCAGGGUAGUGUGUUUUGUUUUCGUGCCAGUAUCUCAGUACAUCAUUUACAGUUUCAUCUUCAGAUCUCUUGAUGGGCAACUCGGACAGGUAACGAUGUAACUGCACAGAUGAAGGGCUGCACAGCAGUUGCUCUUCCUCAUUGCUAGCACCCUCCUUCAGUAUCUCAUCAUGCACCGAAAGCAGUAGACUUGCCCUUUUGGCUGCAAGUUUCACAGAAGGCUGAUCAGGUGUGGGUCUGCUGGCACUGGUGUCCACUGUGUCCAGCAUGUGCAGAAGCACCCUUUUCACUUCAUCCUUUACUUCUGCUGAGAAGUAGCAGGUUUUGUAUCUGUAUCAACAGACAAAAAGAAUUUUAUUUUUAUUAUAUAGCCACAUUAGCCGGUCAAUAUAUAAAUGUUGUGCACUCUGCACAUACACAAGCAGGCACUAAAAGGCCAACAAAGAAUACAUUUUUUUGUUUUAAUUAAUGUCAUGUUUUGAUAUACCCCUGCAAACACAUUAGCCUAUAGCUCAGUAGCAAAUGCUUAUUCAUUUAAGAAUAGUAGUGGGCUAAUAAACAUUAUUAGCAGUAAGUUAUAACUUGCCUGGGAUCCAGAGCAGUGGCAACAGCGUACAGUGGAUUCUUCUCGAUGUCUGCAAACCUUCUCUGGACCACUUCCAACAGCGUGGCUUUGGCAGUGCCCACACCACGGUCUGUGUCUGCUGCCCUCCCCAAAAGGCGCUUCAGUGCAGUGAUUUCAGGGAUGACAACUGCGGCGGUGGCUGACGAGACGCUAAUUGUCUUAGUGAGUUCCUCAAAAGGUUCAAGGAUGCUCACCACGUUCUCAAUUAAACCCCACUGAUUUGUGGUGAGUACGGCCGGGAGCUCGUGUUCUGUUGCGUAUAAGCCCAGGGCACGUUUCUGUUCCAACAGCGACUGCAACAUAUAAAAUGUGCUGUUCCACCUCGUCGGGACAUCUUGUUGCAAGCGCUUAGUGGGUUGACCCAACUCCUCCUGGAUAGCGUGGAGUUUUGAAUAGGCUAGCGAUGAGUGUUUAAAGUGCGUGACUAUUCUCCUGCCUGUUGCCACAGCAUCAGUGAUAGUGCGUUGAGACUGCAGUCCCUCACUCACCGCUAACUGGAGUGUAUGUGCCAUACACGGGAGACUGGGGAAGUUGCCAUCAUCCAGUGCUUUGGUCAUAUUCCGAGCGUUGUCACGUAACACGACAUGAACCCUCUUCUUGUCGAUUGUCCACUGCGCCAACAUUUUUUCAAAUUUGGCUCUUAGAUUGUCGGCGGUGUGGGACCCGGGGCAUUCUUCACAGUGUAGAAGGACUUGAUGUAGCUCAAACUCAUCAUCCAGCCACUGAGCAGUCAGGCUCAACAUUGACAUUAAGCUCACUUUAGAAGUCCAAAUGUCCGUUGUGAAACUGGCCGGGGAUUUAGUGGUGUCCAGCAGUUUGUGUAUGUGGCUUGAAACGCUCUCAAACAACUCUGGCAGCGCUGUGUCAGAAAAAUACCGCCGACUUGGUAAUUUGUACCGUGGACUCAGGUGUUUCAUUAGAUUUACGAAGCCUUUAUCCUGUACUACGCUAAACGGCUGGUCGUCCAGUGCCAUGAACUCCAUUAUUUUCCUAGUUGUGGCUUUUGAUUUUUCAGUGUUGGUGUCGAAUAUAGGAGCCACGGCGGAGGGUUGUUGUGGUCGCUGCGACUCUGCUGCAUCCCUCCUCUUAGCGGCAGUGUCGUCCUUAUAUUUGCUAAACACGCCUGGGUGCUUCUUUUCCAAGUGGCGUAUUAAGUUUGUUGUUCCAAAUGUCUUAGGCGUUGAUCCUCCACGGCUGACUUUUGACUUGCAAGAAUUACAAACAGCGUGUUUUGGGUCGCUCUGGCACACAGUGAAAUGAGUCCAUAUUACCGACAUGUUGCUUCCCGAGUCUUGCUAGUUUUUAGCUGUUUUGCGCUGAGCUGAUACGCACCGCGCAUGCGCAAGCGGGUCAGUUUGCUCGGGGAAAACCGGCAAAUUACGACAGUGACCGGCCGGUCACCGGUUGGGGCCGGUUGGAUAUAAAACCGGCUUUUUAAAUCGGCGGCUGAUUGAUCGGUGCAUCUCUAUGUGUGUGUUAUUUUGUACCUUUCUUGGUUAUUGUAUUUUUGGCUAUCAGGGUUUUUCCUGGCUCAAAUUGAGGCAGAGGUGGCACCAUCCUGACCAUGCGCCAUGACGUGCAUGUAUUUGUAAAUUCAACCGACUCACUUUCUUUUACAGGCAACAUACUUUAAGUUAAGAGUUCAAAAAAGAGUGUGACCAUUAUCAUGUUAAAGCGUUCAUUUGUUAAAACUAUAUACAUACACAAAUCAGCUGGCAACUUUAAAUUGAAAGUACACUUCAUCCACACAUCUCGCAACCAGACAGAACAUUUCAGCCUCCUCUUUUUCAUUCUGUAGAACCUCCUCAUGCACUCCUUGUAGUCCAAGGCCUGCUGGUCUGGUCCAUCAACGGCCACCUUACAACAGACAUCCAAGUGCCUCUCCUUCAGUCUGUUCCACAGAGGUGUCUUCACCUUAAACAAAACAAUUCAUCAUGCAUUAAGUAUUUUUGUUUUUAUUCUGAUACAGACAUAAAGAGUGAUAGUGUUUUCAAUCAUAUAUUAUAUAUAUGUAUACGCUGCAGUGUCCUCCCUAAAAAAAAACGACAAGCAAUUAUUUCUUAAACUAUCUAAACUAUGUUAUUUUAGUUUUUGUAACUUUAUUAGUUGAGUUUUUUUUAGGUACUACCAUUUUUAAUAUACUUCUCCUUCUCUUCUGCUGCUUUGUGAAUGGCUGUCACCUCAUGUCUUUUUAUUGUGUCCAGCCUGUAGUUGGUUGAUGGCUGUCUCACUAAGGAGGCAGCAAUUGCCUGCUGUGUUGGGGCACAGUGCUUUUGGCAUAAAUAGCAGUGCAUGCCUUCCUCAGUAUGCCUGAGCCAGGUAAAUUGAUUGAGCCAUUGCUUGUCAAAGCCACUGGCUCUGUGUUUUUGAGAAGAUCUGGAAAGAGGAAUAAAAACCACGUACACGUCGGCUUUGCGUUGUUAUGCUCCUAAUUGGAAACUAAUUAAUUAAUUACCCUUGCCUCGCCGACUCGUCCUGUCCUGCAUUCUGACCCUCGCUAUCACCAGUCCCUUGUGAAGUACUUUCAGACCUGACACAAAUUUCCACGUUGUCACCACCAUGAAUUAUAGCAUUUGGCCUGUGAUGGCCUUGCUUCCAAACUUUUGGCCUGUAGUGUGUGUAUACACACAUAUACUGUAUGUAUAUAUAUAUAUAUAUAUAUAUAUAUAUAUAUAUAUAUACACACUAGUCAAGUUUUACAACACCCCAUCUUUUCCAGAAUUUUAUUAAAAAUGAUGCAGUUUAAUACCUCACUUUACUCUAAAAUUAAUGCAUAGAACGAAUAAACAAUUGAAAUUAAAAUGAAAAUGUAUUCUACACUUGACUUAUCAAACAAGCCACCUUUGGCAGAUAUGACAGCUGAACACACUCAUGGUAUUCUUUCGACAAUGGAAAUCAAAUAUUCUUCAGAAAGUUCUCCCAACUCUGUUGCAGAAGUUUCCAUAAAUGUGUGGCACUUGUAGGUUGCUUUCCAUCCUUUCACCUACUCGAUGGCAUACAGAAAUCCUGUGAUGAACCGAAGAUUUCAAAUUUUGGUUAAUCAGUCCACAACACCUUCUUCCAGUCUUCAGUAGUCCAUUGGCAGUGUUUCAUGGCCCACGCAAGCCUCUUUUUCUUAUUCUGAAGUAUCAGUAAUGGCUAUCGUGCUGCAACUCGACCCAUCAAACCUGCAACUCAAAGUCUUAUAUACUCAAAGAUGUACACACACACACACACACACACACACACACACACACACACACACACACACACACACAUAUCUAUCUAUCUAUCUAUCUAUCUAUCUAUCUAUCUAUCUAUAUAUAUAUAUAUACCACAGUGGUAUAUAUAUAUAUAGAUAUGUAUAUAUUAGUUAUAUUAGUUAUAUCUAUAACUUCAAGGCUUUCUCUAGCUCCUCUUUGAGCCCUUGGUACUUCUCCAGUUUCUCAUGUUCCUUAUUCCUGAUAUUGGUAUCACUUGGGAUGGCAACAUCUACCACAACAGCUUUAUUCUACUGUAUUUCUAUGAUGACAAUGUACAGUUGGUUGGCAAUUACUAUUUUGUUGGUCUGUAUUUGGAGGUCCCACAGGAUCUUUGCUCAGUCAUUCUCCAUCACCUUGUAAAGUGCCUCCCAUUUUGACCUUGUGGUUUCGAGUCCAUAUUCUGCACAAAUAAUUCUGUACACUUCACCAGCUACUUGGUUGUGGUGUUCCAUGUAUGGUUUUCCUGCCAGUAUCUUACAUCCCGCUGUUAGGUGUUGGACUGUUUUAGUGCCAUCUUUGCACAGCCUGCACCUGGGAUCUAGCCUGGUUUGGUAGAUCUGGGCCUCUAUUUCUCUGGUGCUUAAGGCCUGUUCUUGUGCCGCCAUGAUUAGUGCCUCUGUGCUGUCCUUCAGUCCAGCCCUCUCCAGCCAUUGGUAGGAUUUGCUCAUAUCAGCCAUUUCAACUAUCUGUCGGUGGUACAUCCGAUGCAGGAGGUUUUCCUCCCAUGAUGGUUCCUCUGGUUCCUCCUUCCCUGUGAGUUUCCAUUGUCUGAGACACUCACUCCAUCUUUUGGGGCCAUCUUCCUGACGUAGUCAUGGAGCUUGGAUGUUUUAUCUUGGAUAGUGGGUCUGAUGCUCACUAAACCUCUGCCUUCUUCUUUGUGCUUAGUGUAUAGCCUCUGGAUACUGGUCAUGGUGAACAACUUCAGAGUUUUAACAUCGGUGGCCAGAAUUUCCUCCUUUGGCCAGCUUAUUAUUCCAGCAGGGUAUCUGAUCACUGGAAGUGCAUAGCUGUUAAUUGCCCAAACUUUGUUUCUGCAUUAAGCUACCUCUUUAGGACCUGCCUUACUCGCUUCACGUACUUGGCCAUUGCUGAUUUUCUUGUGGCCUCUUCAUGGUUGCAUUUGCCUGUGGUAUGCCAAGGUAUUUGUAGUUCUUCUCCACAUCCGCUAUUCUGCCCUCUGGUAGUGUAAUGCCCUCUGUUUGGACUACCUUCCCUCUUUCGUCACCAUUUGGCCACACUUCUCCAGUCCAAACGACAUUCCAAUGUUACUGCUGUUGAUCCUGGUGGUGUGGGUCAGUGAGCUGAUGUCUCGCUCGCUUUUAGCAUACAGCUUGAUGUAAGAGGUGGCUAAUGGUGAUCCCAUUUCGGAGUCGGUAUCCAUAGCCGGACUUGCUGAUUAUUUGGCUGAGAUUCAAGCCUAUGCAGAACAACAGUGGGGACAGAGCAUCUCCUUGAUAUAUGCCACAUUUGAUGGAGACUUGUGCUAUUGGCCUCAAGGGUGGAUUCUCUUAGAGUCUUGUUGACCUUUUACAGCUUCAGGCAGGUAUGUGGCAUUGGGUCAUAGGUUUUCUUAUAAUCAAUCCAGGCAGUGCACAGAUUAGUCUGUCUGGUUCUGCAGUCUCAAGCGACUGUUCUGUCUACCAGCAGCUGGCGUUUUGCUCCUCUGGUGUUCUUACCAUACUGUUGGAUAAAGAAGACAACGAUGAAUGGUUCAUUAACCAAUGACUGCACUGAGUGAUGACAGCAGGAAAAGUGAGUGAUCAUGAAUUUGGAAAAGACACUUAAGCAGCUGUGAUGGCAAUUAUUGUCUUCCUGACAGAACUUAUGCUGGAGCUACAUUCAUUGGUCUCACACUAUCAAAAAACAGUAGGCUUAUAAAGUCAGUUGAUUGCUUGGCCCUUUACAGUGAUAUUAGACAUUGUCAUACUUCCCUGUUAAUUACAGCAGUAGGCGAACAGAGGCUGCUGUCACACCUAACAUCUGACUGACAGGACGCUGGAUGGGAAAACACAAGGUUAUGGUUACUUUCUCUACUCUGGAAAGACCUAUUGAUCCUCUAUAAUAACAUCAGCUUGGAGCAACAUGUGACUCUACAAUUUCCUGUCUGUGUGUAUGCCUGUGUGUUUUUCCAGUUUCAUUUUUCAGCCGUAGAUACAUGGUGCUUGUGAUACAACCAGCUGACCCUUUCUGCUUUUCUAUCUCCCUGCCUUUGCAUCACUUCCAUUUUGUCUGGAGCCUGUGGUCAGGUGUACUCUGCAUCUUUUGUUAUGCAUCUCUGGCUCAUUGUAUGUUUGCUGAAGUGUGUGUUUAAAGUCAUCUAUACCAGGACACGACCGAUAUGGAUUUUUUUGGGGCCGAUGCCGAUAUCGAUUAUUAGGGGGGGAAACAUCUGAUUACCAAUUGGGCGAUUUUUAAAUUUUUUUAUGAAGUUAUAAUUUAUAUAUAUAUAUAUAUAUAUAUAUAUAUAUAUAUAUAUAUACAGUACAGGCCAAAAGUUUGGACACACCUUCUCAUUCAAUGCAUUUUCUUUGUUUUCAUUACUAUUUAAAUUGUAGAUUCUCAAAACUAUGAAUGAACACAUGUGGAAUCAUGUGCUUAAGAAAAAAGUGUGAAAUAACUGAAAACAUGUAUUAUAUUUUAGAUUUCUCCAAGUAGCCACCCUUUGCUUUUUUGAUAGCGCUGCAAACUUAAGCUGUUCUCUCAAAGAGCUUCAUGAGGUAGUCACCUGAAAUGGUUUUUACUUCACAGGAGUGCCUGAAGUAACCCUGACAAGGUACUUCUGUCAUCAAGAGCAAAGGGUGGCUAUUUUAAAGAAACUAGAAUAUAAAACAUGUUUUCGGUUAUUUCACACUUUUUUUAUAAGUACAGAAUUCUACAUGUGUUCAUUCAUAGUUUUGAUGCCUUCAGUGAUAAUCUACAAUGUAAAUAGUCAUAUAAAAAAAUAAAGAAAAGACAUUGAAUUAGAAGGUGUGUCCAAACUUUUGUCCUGUACUGUAUGUAUGUGUAUGUACUGUAGAUAUCAACAGUAUACUAUACUGUAGGCUACUAAUCUUCACGCCGACAGGAAGACCGACUGAUCAAACUCAGACCAGAAAAGCAUUUUCAACUAUCGGCUUGCCGAUAAAUCGGUCGGGCUCUAAUCUAUAUUGUUGCUAUAUUACAUAGGCAGACUGAUGUUGGAAAAUGUGUGUAGUUGUGUGCUUGACACACACUCAUGGAUCAGUAAAUAGUGGUUGAGCAACAACAAAGAACUGCUGAGUGAUGGAUUUUGGCAUUACUAGUGGAUAGCAAAUGAACACCUUUAGUUGUGAGUGAAUGCUGUUGAUAAGGUAACUUUAUGUGGCUUCACAGGAAAAAUGGAGAGGUAAUAUACACCAGACAUGGCCAAAGAAGUGAAAACAAAAUUCUCAGUUUGGUUGUCAACAAAAGCUGACAGACCACAGCUGACUUCAUAUCAUAAAUGCAUACUCAGCAGUGGUGUACUGCGCAUCUUUGCAUGAUGUAGCUUCUCUCUGGCAAAGAUUACUGAAAUGGUUUGGGUGCGUCCUGUCAGAAGUAAUAGGUAUGAAUCUAUUGCGUGCAUAGAACACAUGGAUACAGUCACAGAGAUAUCACCUAUUGCUUUUUGUGUUUUGAAGCUCACUCAUAAUGGUUGCCAUUUUGGAAGGGCUGAGAGGUGUAGUUAUGGUGGGCUUCACUUACAGCUAUAGUGUGCCCACCUGUCAGUCAAGUAAGCUUUGCCUCUAAUGUUGCAAAACUUGUAAUGUUAUAUAUUGUCAGGACCAAUAAGUGAGAAUCCCCCCAUUCAGUUUGUGUAGAUAUAGAAAUACCCAAUGAGACAAAAAACACAUAUCUCACCAGGAAGCAGACAGAAAAUGGUGUUUUUAGAAUAAGGAAUAGCAAUUUUUAGCACCCCUGCAUUGACUUUUUCUCUCAAGUCUAGAGAUUGCUGCUUGGUUGCACAUCUUGAGCCAAAUUUAGAGGAUGUAUAAAAAAACUUUGUGCUUUUGUAAACAGUUUUGACCUCUAGUCAGGAAGUGUAUCAUAAAGCCAUUGGUUGUAUUGCGGUGGUUUUCUAAUGUGAAUCCUAGAAAGUUAUUCUAAUGUGUCAGAGUUGUUAGCUCUUCUCAUGCAGAUUUCUUUUCAAGUACUUUUUAAAUUUGAGUUUGGAAUAGUUAUUUGAUUUUUCUUAAAGGAAUAUGAUGUAAUGAUUAACUGCUCCAUUGACAUCUACAGGCUAUAGCAGCACUCUUGACCAAAAUACCACAGUGGAGAAGGGCAAUGAGAGGAAAUGUAAACCUCUCUUGCCUGUGAGUGUCUGCAUCUAACCAAAGAGCCAAGGAUCUAUUCUGCUGUGGAUAGUACUGACCUAUAGGAUCUCCAAGGUUUUUUAUCAGGCUUUUACAUACUUCCAAUUCAAGGCUGGAUUUUUUAGCCUCAGUGGAGUUGUUUUGCCUCUGACCCUUCCUCUGAGGUAGUUACAGAGCCGGAAUAGGGAUUAUUGAGUGGCAAUGUGUAGCAUUAAAGCUGGCAUGACAGAACAAUGCUAUGUUGGUGUGUGUAUCAGAAUGUCUUUGUGUGUCACGCUCCUGUUGUGUGUUGACAAGCCCUGCCCCUGCAGCUUCUGCAACAGCCAUAACGAGAUGUGAAAUCACACUAUGCCACUAUCCGGUGCAAUAUGUAAGUACAAAGGUGUAGUGAUGGUGAAAAUUCGUCACAGUGCUGUUGCAGAAAUGCAGUGUGAAAGAGGCUAUUAAUGAGUUAAAGGUUUUCUUUGAGCAGCAGAAGGGGUGUGACAUCACAUCAACCCUGUGGCUCCAUAAACCCAAUUGCUGCUGCGCAUGCCUUGACCUUCUAUGACCUUGACCAGUGUAGUAUGCCAGCACUCUUUGCAAUGGUUUGGAGUCACUUUUUUACAACAGGAGGAAAUAGGGGCACACUGACUGUGCAAGCCAGUGGUCUAGAAUUGCUUGAUACUUGUGGCAACAAUACUCAUAAUCAUUGCCUAUUUUACUUUGCAUAAGUGUAUUUUCAUGUAUUUGAGCAUGUGUGAGUUUACAUGCUUGCAUUUUUUCCUGUCUGGCUGAGUAUAAAGGUAUCACAGGAGUGUUAAAUGCCACAAGGCCAUGCAGGUUGGAUACAGCAGAGAUAGAAACAAUGGGUGACAAUUACCCAGACAUGAGUCACCCAGGUCUCCGUGCAAACAUUGCAAACACAAGAGAUUCAUUGUCGGAUCAAGAAAUGCUGAGGUGAAUACAUGAGGUUUUCAAGACAGAAGGAUAAAGCUGAGAGUCUGACUCAUACUCUCACACACAGAGUUGUUUUGUGUGUUUCUUCCCUGUGUUUCUUCCCAGGGCUCAACAUGCUUCAUGGUCCUAAAUUGGAAUUUAAACUGCACAGAGGUGAGCUGCGUUGCUAUAGCAAUUAUUCUAGAGCUCACUCUCCAAAAUUUACACUGGUUGAAGCGGACAAUAUGAGCAUUGACUCCAGUUAGAGAACCAGGCUCUAGAGAAUGUAUAAUUUCCACACUUAAUUCUUGUCCCACUAUUGCUGGUACAGUCUUAGUCUCUCUUGACAGCAUCUAUGCGAUGGCAUAUGUUGAGUAAUUAGGUGGGUAAAGGGAGGGAGUGUAUGUGUGGUCUGAAAUUAACAGAUACAAACAGAGGGUGAACUGCACACAUUGACUAAAAUUACACUUCUCAUUACAAUGAACAAGCAAGAUAAAUAGGGAAAUUGUAAUUCCUGACUAAAUACAGCAGUUAAGAGGAAUGUAGACACUAAUUACAGUAAAGUGAGCAAUGUAUAAUAGCUGCAUGAAGCUGAAACACAACAGAGCUUGAAUUGUAUAGGCAGUCAUACAACAAAUAACUGGGCAGUAAAAUAAAUGAUGCUAAGUAGGGUUACAGGACACCUAAACAGAAAAUUGCUGAGUCAUGGUAGUAAGCUGCUAAGUAGCUCUCUAGCUUACAGAUAGCUUUACAAAUGGCCUUAAACACAGUAGUCUGGUUACAGACAUUGUUGUAAAGAUUCUGUUCACAGGAAAGUCCACAACAGCACUUACUUUUGAUCAUCUACACACGCACCACAUAAUCACACCAAACACAAGUCCCCAUGGAGAGGUUCAUAUCAGCUGUCUACUCCUGCUAUCAAUGAAUCAGAGUGGAACUGAGAGCUGCAGCACGUAGUUUGCAUGUGUUGCCAAACCUACCACUAGGGGUGCAGUGCCAGACUCUCCAUCAGCAAUGCAUCCUAUUUACUGCAGUCACCAUAGAAAUAUGGAGAUAGUAAUAUGGAGAUCCUGUUGACAGGGUACAAGUCACAAGCUGCCACCCUUCUGUGACUGUAUGAAAUGACCAUUGUAGUUAUCAUGAACAACACUUUAUUGUGAGUAACAAAUCAAAGGCAAAAUACAUUUCAGGAAUCUUAUGGAUUGUUUGUCAAAAUAACAACAACAACAAACAAAGGCCUUGUGCUACUUGCUUCUACUGUACGAUAUUGUUAGCCUGGCUGGGCCAUCCUGUUGCAUGAAUCACAACAGGAUGGCCCAGCCAGGCUACGAUAUUGUAGCACGCUAACUUUCUUUCAGCUGUUGAACAACACGGGGGAGCAGCGUCUACCUAACAACCAAUCAGGGGGGGCUUUGUUUACAGUUAGAAAGAGCAGGCCGCUCAAAAAUUUUAAAAUGUUGACUACACAGACCUAACGAAACACAGCGAUAUCGUUAUAUUACCAAAUGUCAUCAAUAACUAAUAGCUAUUGACUGAUAUUAAAAGCUAUUUUGUACACCACAAAAAAGAUGCGUCUUUAACAGAAUACCUACCCCACCUUUAAGGGCAUUGAAACUAGGCAAAAUAAAAGACUAAAAUAAAUCUGAGGAUGCAGACAAAAAACUAAAUUAGAUUCAUAGGGCUAUCCUAAAGUUAAUGUUCUGGAAAAAGUGCAAAGUGUAAAAACAGAUAUACUGUUUGUAAAACUGUAAAAGUGCUGGGUCCAUAUAAACCAUUUUAAAAAGUGAGUGGGACUUCUUCCACUUUUAUACAACGGGUCCAGCACCCAUGGGUAGAUAUACAUAUGGGGCUAUCCAGGGCUGGGUUAUUCCAGGCAAUUUUUUACUUUUCUGGCCUUGGUUUAAACAUUGCCAUCAAAAUAAGGAGACACAUUGAACUAGCUUUCCCAGUCAGCUUUAUUACUGCCAAGCUUGAUUUAGUACAUGUGAACAAUGUUUGACACAUUUUCAACUCUGAUUUGACCUUGUGUUUACUAUCAGUGAUAGCUGGAAUCAACCGUAGACUGUGGAAACCUUGUAUAUGGAUCUCGGUGAUUACAAUUUUUUUCUCCACUUCCUGAAACCAACAUUGUGCAGUAGCAUUGUUUGCACUGCACCACUAAAAUGAUGCGCUUGAACUGAGAGGUUGCUGUAAGUCUGGUCUCUGCAUUAUCUGUCAUUUUUGCUAGAUUUUUUUUUCAUAUUUUUAUUGUCAUUUUGUUGGCUGCUGAUGGAUACUUCUGCUGGGCAAAGACUUUACUCAAGAGAAAAGCUCCUUUCAUUGAGGUAAAGCAAAUCUAGACAACAACAUACAAUUCCAGAGGACACCAGGAGGUGUUAUCGUGGUUGCCGUGCUGGUCCAAAGGUGAAGGCAAAGCUGAAUGCUAGGAGGUGGUGAUAUAAACCCUUUCUCCCAUCAAUCGUCAUGGGAAACGUCAACUCUCUGCCCUGGAGAUAUUGGUGAAGACUGAGAAAGCAUACCAUGAGUGCAGUUUCCUGUUUUACUGAAAUCUGGUUGAAUCAAAACAACUCAGACUCCAGUGUGGAUCUACCUGGCUUCACUUUUAUAAGGUCAGACAGAGAUGCUCAAGCUAGUGGCAAGAAGAAAGGAGGAGGUCUGGCUUAAUUUGUCAACCAGAGAUGGUGUAACCCUUCACUCAUAACUGUCAAGGAGAAGUUGUGUUGUCCAGAUAUUGAACUGUUGGCAGUUGCUCUUCAGCCAUAUUAUGUUCCUAGAGAAUUUAGUCAUAUCAUAAUAAUUGUUUACAUUCCACCCAAAUCAACUGAAGAAUGUUGCGAUGUUUUGCAAAAUAGUGUUACCAGGCUACAGACUCAACACCCGGAGGCACUAAUAAUAAUAUCAGGAGACUUCAACCAUGUCACCCUCUCCUCUCACCUGACUGGAUUCACAAAGUUGGUGAACUGUCCUACCAGAGAAAACAAAACCCUGGAUCAGCUGUAUGCCAACGUCAAAGAAGCCUACACAGCCACAGCCUUACCACCACUGGGCAAGUCAGAUCAUAACUUGGUCUAUCUGGAAACCUGUUACAGACCUUGUGUGCUGAGGCAGCCUGUGACCAAAGUCAAAAUCUGAAGAUGGAUACCUCAAGCCAGUGAAGCUCUAAGGGACUGUUUUAAAUCAACAGACUGGAAUGUGCUGCUGGAAACAGAUGUGGAUAGUAUGAACAUUGAUAAACAGGUUGACUGCUUUACUGAUUAUGUCAACUUCUGUAGAGACACAGUUAUACCUACAAAGACUGUUCGCUGUUUCCCCAACAACAAAUCCUGGAUCACAAGAGACAUAAAAGCAAUCCUUAACCAGAAAAAGAAAGCUUUUAAAGAUGGUGACAAAGAACGACUCAAACAAGUUCAACAAGAGUUUAAGAGGAGACUGAAGAUAGCAAAGCUGGAGUACAAAAAGAUGAUAGAGAAGAAUCUACAACACAGCAACAUCCGUGAAGUGUGGAGAGGAAUCAGUACCAUCUCUGGACACAACAAUAAAACGAAAAGACAGCCAGUGGUGGGUGAUCUGGAAAGAGCUAAUGAACUCAACCUGUUCUUCAACAGAUUUGACACUGCUGUCACCCACUUCCACUGCUACUCCAAACUUCCUCUGCACAACAAAUCUCCACUACAACUUCUCCUGUUCCUCCUCCAUCUUGUUAAAAUGUCUCAACCACUUCAACUGCCUCCCUCCUAGAACACCAGUCCUUGUCUGUCACUGAAACAGGGGUGAGGAUGGAGCUUGGAAGACUUUGUCCUGGGAAGGCAGCUGGUCCAGAUGGUGUGUGUCCAAGGCUGCUUAUAGACUGUGCUGCAGAACUGUGUCAACCUCUCCACAAGAUCUUCAUCCUGAGUCUACAGCUGGGGCGGGUACCUGCUCUGUGAAAAACAUCCUGCAUUGUGCCAGUACCAAAAACAAAAUGUCCUGCUGAACUCAAUGACUACAGAUCAGUGGCCCUCACUUCACACAUCAUGAAAACCCUGGAGCGGCUGAUUCUACGCCUUCUGAGGUCUGAGGUCAAAGACAAACUGGAUUCCCUGCAGUUUGCAUACAAAGAACACAUUGGAGUGGAUGAUGCUGUCCUCGACAUGCUUCACUGUGCCCUGUCUCAUCUGGAGGAACCUGGGGUCUAUGUGAGGAUCAUGUUCUUCGACUUUUCAAGUGCAUUUAACACCAUCUAACCCACCAUACUCAAAGACAAGCUCACAGAGAUGGGAGUGGAUCCAGCCUGUGUUUCCUGGAUCACAGAUUACCUGACAGGAAGGCCACAGUUUGUCAGGCUGAGGAACUGUGUUUCUGGGACUUUAAUGAGCAGUACAGGGGCUCCACAAGGGACAUUGCUGGCGCCAUUCCUGUUCACACGGUAUAUGUCAGACUUCAAAUACAGCACUGAGUCCUGCCACAUCCAGAAAUACUCAGAUGACACUGCUAUUGUGGCAUGGAUCAGAAAUGGACAAGAAGCUGAAUACAGAGAUCUGAUAAGAGCCUUCAGUGACUGGAGUCACAAAAACUGCCUCCUCCUCAACACCUCAAAGACAAAGGAGAUGGUCAUAGACUUCCAUAGAUCCAAACCCUCUCUUCAACCAGUGAACACCUGUGGAGUGGACAUCGAAGUGGUGACAUCAUAUAAAUACCUCGGUGUACAUCUGGAUAAUAAGAUGGACUCAGUAGCGGUUCUAGGCACGGGCGAACAGGGCAGCCACCCGGGGAGGCAUUUGUGUCAUGACUCAUGGGGGGUGGCAUGAGCACUUCGAAAAAAAUAAAAUAAAAGAUAAUAAUAAUAAUAAUAAAUCUGCGCCGCAAAGCGGUUUUGUAUUGACUCUUGUUGUCAAAUUGGUGCCCCCCUUGCUGUGAAGGUGCCGCACAGAGGCUGACAGACUGUAUGAGACAAAAUGGGGAGAGGGUCGCAGGGGACAGCUCUGCUCUCAGGAUUGCUCUCACUCUGCCAGUCACGGUGGCUCAAGCAGAGAAGAGCUUCUCAAAACUGAAGUUGAUAAAGUCGUACCUAAGGUCAACCAUGUCUCAGGAACAGCUCACUGGCCUUGUCGUCAUCAAUCACUUAACCCAUUGAAAUCGGGACAGUAUGUCCGCAGAUCAGCCUUCAAGCCGGGAGCGCGGAUACGUCAUUUUGUAACAUUCUGUAGUUUUUUAAUAAUUUCUGGAGUCGUGGUGAAUCAAAUCAUCAUACCAGUCUGCCUCUGAUAAGCGAGUAAAGCAAUCGGAUUCAUGCUCGGAUCUUGCUACGUGCGUCGUGAGGAAACUAAACAAUGACAGGCAGAGAGCAGCUUUGGAGGAGAAACAUCCAGCAGUGUGAACAACCUCUUCAUAUUGAGGUCUUUGGCUCACACUAUUGGCGAUUUCUGUGAGUGUUGCAUGACUUUGGGUGAGCACAGAGAUGAACACACUGUCAACCACGCAUUUAUUUAUUUAUUUAUUUUUUAGAGCUGCUUUUGUACUGGCACUAUACUAGGGCAGCUGUAUACCCUUUCAACACUUAAUUUUUUUAUAUUUACAUUUUAAUUAAAUUGACACUUUAUCAUGACUGCCACUUGUUUUACAAAAAGCAAACAGUUUCUUAUUCUCCAGUGCAGAGUCUUUACUUUUAUUUAUACAGACGCUUUAUUUCAUUUAAGUUUGUUUGUUCAAGGUAUUCAAUUAUGUGAUGAAAGUUUGGACAAAUAGAAGAUAGUUAUCUUGAAAGCCACAUGUGUAAGCUCUCAAAUACUUUUUAAAAAUUUUGUUUCUAUCUGCUACAGAGGCCGAGAUAUCAGCUUUUUUGUAAUCCUCAACACUUCAGAAAACCUCUGGAUCUGGGGGCCCUUCUUAAAAUGGCCCUCAGGAUUUCAGAGGCGUGGCUCAGACAGGGUCUUAAUGAGUUAAUAGGGGAGCAGAUUUCUUAUGACGAGAUUAUUGAUGAUUUUGCAACAAGGAAGGCAAGAAAGGUCAGGUUUUAGUUUUAGUUUGUGUUUCCUGUCAUAGAACAAUCACAUUUUCUUUAGUGUGUUUUCAAAUUGGUGUGAUUUGCUAUGUAAGAUUAUUAGUCUAUAUUUUAUUUAAUAUUUUGUAUUAUUCUUCUCUUACUGUCUUGUUACAUUUUUUGUUAAAUAUUUGCCACUUUUAUGUAUAUAGUGUAAAUUUAUCAUUUAAGCUCUGAUAACCUGUUUUGUACAGAAUUGCCCCAUGGUCUUUUGCAAUGUUGGAGGUGGAGAACAUGCACCUUAAAAAGUGUCUUUGCUGAUGUAAUAACUGGAUUUUCUGGAAGUGUUUUGGAAAUGCUCUAUUGAAGGAUUUGUGCAAUUCUUGUCUAUCAAAACAUGUCAGAAUGCCGACUAUCGAAAAGCAUAUUGACCAUGUUUUAUAUUGAUAUUGAGGGAAAUUAAUUGUCGAUACAUAUCAUUAUCCUUAUAUCGCACAGCCCUAGUUACAAGCUUAAUAUACCAUAGCCAAAUCUUGGAAAUCCACGGCUAAACCAAGUAUAAGAGUCUGGCUUGCACAACUGUCACAUUCUCUUGCAUUGGAAAAAAAACACUUUUACAUCAAAGGAUAAAUAUCUCAUCUUUAGCAGUAUGUGGAAUUCUUUUAUGGUAUUCUUUGAAGGGGGCAUAGUAUUUGAGGCAUGUCCCCCUGGUAUGUAAACUAUCAACAAACAAAUAUUGCCCAUUGUAUUCAUUUUACAUCUGUUUGUUUGUGUUUUUGCUUUAUUCUAUGUGAGGUGCUUUUCUGUCCCAUUUAACUUAAGUCGACUUUGGGACCACCAGUGAUUCUUUAGGAUGAUUAAUGUUUGGAUAGUAAGUUAAAUGAGAGAAUGGUGAAGAAGCUCUCGGUAAUUAGUUAUAUGGAUAGAUCUCAGUGAUUCUUUGUGGGCUUAAUGAGCGGUGUUUAUUGUGAUUCUUUCAGAUGGCACAAGUUUCAAUUGUGUUUGCCCACCUGGCUAGUCACACCUCUUGCUGUCCUCCACAGGAAAAUCUAUUUUUCGCUACAUUUACUUCCCGAGCAGUAGGAUGAAUCUCAUCUGCCUCAGUCAAAGGCAAGAAAUACAUUGUGGUGGUGUGAUUGUGUGUAUAACUGUGUCAAUGAGAACACAAUCUAAUGUUUCCAGGACAGUAAAAGCAAAAUGAGUGCUUGUGCCAAAAGUUUUUAUGGUUGUGGCACUGAUACUGUGAGUGACUGACAGAUGAACUUUUAAUGAAAUCUGUCAGUGAUUUAGGACAGUUUCAUUUUACUUAAAACACUCACUGCCUCAGGCAUAAGUUUGCAUUUGUUAAAGAGAGAUUGAGUUCAUUAAUUGAAUAUUCCUGAGCAAAUGACGUUUCCUCCCACGUGACUUCACACUACCAUGCAAUGCUUCAUAAUAUCAGUGCCCUUAAAAUCUGUCUGCAUUUGUGGAGCAGCAGUCAGUCUUCUGUGUGUCUGUUAGGGGUGGGUAAAUACAUAGAUUCUUUGAUGCAUCAUAAUGCAACAUGUAACAAUCAAUUAAGGUUAACAAAUGCUCAAAAAUAUAUUAUUUCCCAUGAUAGCUUAAAUACAGAAACACAACUGGAGCACCCAGGAGUUGGCUGGAACAAAAAAAGCUGCCCGGAAGGUUUUAAAGGACAGACUCAUAACAGACAGUUAACCAGCUGUCUUCUGUUCUCAUUCUGUUAAUCUGCCAGUUAUGUGGAUGUAAAGUUGCCUUUGGUUGUGGAUAGCAAAAUGUUUGAUUGUUGUGGGAUGCAAUGCUGCUUAUUAAAUACUGUGCUUAGAACUCUAUCAUUACAGAGGUUAUGUUAUUAAGUUAAGAUAAGGUAACUUUAUUGAUCCCCAAAGGGAAAUUAUCACUUUUUGUUAGAUCAUAAUAGUUAUAAUAAUAGUUAUAGCACUUUAUGUAACAAGAGCAGCUUUUUGUUGUCAAAAAGUCAAAAAAGUGUUGGAUUGUUUGGUCUAAUGGCAAUAAAACAUGAUGGACGUACAUUUAGAAUAGAAUAGAAUUUUUCUUCUCCCUUUUUCCUUUUUCUAAAUUUUUUCUUAAUUAUUACAUUUAUUUAAGUUCUUAAUAUUAGGAUCUUUAUUUUUAUAACUGCAUUUUUGCACUCUUUGUCUGUGAUGCUGCUGUGACAAAAAAAAAUUCCCCCAUGGGGUAUCAAUAAAGGAAUAUUCUAUUCUAUUCUAUUCUAUUCUAUUCUAACAAUCAAAUCGUGGCACCCAAAAUCAUUAUCAAAUCAAAUUGGGAGGUACCCUAAAAUAACACACCACUAGUGUUAGAUUUAUGAUGCCUGUAUUUGUACAAGUUGGGUAGCCACUGCCUCAUGAGGUCUUAGCCUUUUAUAUACCAUUUACCUCUUGUAAUAUGUGGUCAUACCCAUUUUUUUCUUUCUUUCUUUCUUUCUUUCACAUUUUUUUAGCUGCGACAAUCAGUUCAUGCUUUCUCUAUUUAUUGCUUCACCUCAAAGCUCUUGUCUUUCCUUCAGUGUACCCUAGUUGUCUUGAGAACUCAGUCUAAAAUAUUUUUUAUUGUGCAAUGUCUUGUGGUUUUGUUACAUCUCUCUAGAUGAUUCAUAUGCCGUAAAGCAAGGCAGGAUGAGAUUUCAGCAUUUUAACUGUCUCCACACUCCCUCAGCAAUUAAGGAGAGAAUUUGUGGCCACUUGACACGGCUGUGUUGGCUGCAUCUUGGUGACAAAGUGCAAAAGAGGUCAGAUAGCACUGUGAGUCAGGGAUGGCGUCAUGAAGGCAGUGCAGUGGUCCCGCGACAUAAAAAUGUGUGUGGUAAGGAAACCGGGUUAAUGGGGCAUUUUAUGGCCUGAGGAGCAGCAAUGCGUUACUAUAUAAGAACAAGGUGAUGAUUGAAGAGAAAAGUCACAGGUGGAAAGGAUCUGUAACGAUCUGUACCCCAUGAUGCCUUGUGUGAAUUAUGGACGUGUCUUCCAGUGCCUUCUUUCACUGGACGUGGAACUGGCAUUUUUCAUAGCAAUUGGAUGCUAAUUGUGGUUAUUAGAGUGAUCAAGGAUUAAAAAAUAAAGGUUGGAAAAUCAUCUGUCACACCUUAAACAGGACCAUGGGCGUGGUUGUAGGGGAAAAGUGGACCUGACUACUCAAGGCCUGAAGAGGGAGGGGGGCCCAUAAAAAUCCUGAUUUUUUUUUUUUUUUGUGAUGUUUUAUUUCGAAUGACUUGGGCCCUCCAAUUAAUUGGUGUCAUUAUUUAUUUCAAAUAUAUUGAUAACAUCAACUGAGAGAAUGAACUUUAUGUCACAAUCCUCCCAACAUAUUGAACAUUCUGGGGGACCCCCAUCUUGGAGGGGCAAAAAUGGUUUAGUCUGCCCUACAGUGACCAGCAACAACUGUAACAUUGAACCGGGGGAUAGACAUCAUGCUGCCCUCAAAGCAUGAAUUGGGGUAUCAAAAGAAGAAAGAGAAGAAACAAUAAGAAAGAAGGCAGAAUGAUGGGAGGCAUCUGUUGACUGCUUUCCUUCCCAGAGGUGAACCCAGUUUGCUUGUUCUGCAAAGUCCAGGUGUAUGUAGGCCAGUGGUGCCCAACCUUUUUUGUACCAGGGACCAGUUUCAUGCAGGAAACUUUUUCCAAGGACUGGGUGGGGGCGUGGAGGUUCCAAUAACAAAAACCUUAAUCAGUACAGAGUAUGCACAUAGUAUGUAAUCUGGAUACAACAAUCCCAUUUUAUUUUAGGCACUUUUCAUUACAAUUUAACCCAUUAAGACCUGAACCCGGUCUGAGACAUGCCUCUGAAAUUGUGAGGCCAAUUUCGAGAAGGGCCCCCAGAUCCUGAGGUUUUCUGAAGUGUUGAGGUUUACAAAAAGCUGAUAUCUCGGCCUCUGUAGCAAAAUUCAAAUUCAAAAAGUAUUUGAGAGCUUACAUAUGUGGCUUUCAAGAUAACUAUCUUUUAUUUUUCCCCAACCUUUCAUUACAUUAUUGAAAACUUUGAACAAACUAACUCAAAUGAAAUAAAGCGGCUGUAUAAAUAAAAAUAAAGGCUCUGCACUGGAGAAUAACAAACUAUUUGCUUUCUGUAAAACAAGCGGCAGUCACCAUAAAGUGUCCAUUCAAUACAAAUGUAAAUAUUAAAAAAAAGGUGUUGAAAGGGUAUGCAGCUACCCUAGUAUAGUGCCAGUACAAAAGCAGCACUAAAAACUGAAAAAUAAAUAAGUGGCUGACAUUGUGUUCAACUCUGUGCUCACCCACCCCUCCACUCAGACUGGACCUGUGGCUGAAAAUCACCUCCCGUUUAAAAGCCCUUUUCCAGUCACUCUCAUUGUCAGAGGUGCUAUGGGUUUCCUGGACAAACAUGACAUCAAUUCUUUUAUUCUUCAUCAGUUUAAAGAGAGCGGCUCGUUUAAAAUCAGCCUUGGCCCCGUUUAGGUUUCAAGUGCUGAUAUUAAAAUCACACAUGGAUAAAAAGAAAUUACAGUUAGAAGAGCAGUCAGUAAAAGGUGAAAGCAUCUAAAAAUCAUCUUCAUCAUUGAUGAUUUGGGCUUUUAUCUUUGGCAAAAUCUUUCAUUUUUCUUUUUUUUCUGUUCUUUUUAACAGAUCCAGAGUUUUUCUUUUUUUGGACUCUUUAAGGAGGUCAUCACCUGUCAUGUCCUCCUCUUUCAGUUCCUCAAUUUUUCUUUUUUCAUCAUUUUCCUCAGCUGUGUCUGACAACAUGGAUUCCUCAUGCUCAGAAAAACCUGUGCCAACCAGACAGUUAACUCCUGAGCCAAACCAACAGAUCUUGUACCCCACAAGGGGGCCGGGGUUAAAGUGGUGGGCGUAUCUCCCCCCGCAGCAGCAGUAUCGGGCGGAUCCCCCCCAGUAGCAGCAGCAGCAGGCUGCUGUGCUCCUCCUCCCUGCGGACUGGAGUUGAUCAGGUGCCCCUCUGCACCACAACCAAAGCACUUCAUUAUUUCCAAAGAAGCAAAACCAUAUACACAAAUCCAUGAACUUCGAAAGAAAAAGACAGGUUUAAAUCAUUUUUUAUCAGAACAUGGUCAAGCAGGGUUUUACGACAGAGGUCUGGAGGUCAGUGUCCUGCUCCUCAGACCUUUCCUUGAGGUCAGUGUGUUCACACACCUAAAGACAGUAAAUCUCAAAUGGGAGACCUGGGUUGAGGUGUUAAUGUUUAUAUUUGAAUGGUCCGCGAUGGAGUCAGUUUGAAAGGUAAUAAAGACUCUGUUCUCCGAAUUGACCAAUCGUGAAGAGCCAGAGGUAUAGGUCAACCUCCGAUCAGGUCAGUUAGGUAACCUGAAAGUGCAAACAAGUCUGGAGAGAUUUAUAUUAUCCUGUGACCUGGAACCAGAUAAGGAACCUUUCCUGUGAGGAAUGUGUGGGUUUCGCCCACGAGGUUGUCUUGAUUGCUACACUUUUAAAUGUAGUUAAGUAAAAGUCCUGAUAAAAAAAAUAAAAAAAAAAACAAGGUACAAAUCCUUUAAAAAAUACUUAAGUAGUGCAACAAAGUACAUCAACUUCAUUACUAUACACCUCUGCUUGAAAGGAGAUGUCAAGCUGAGUCAGAGUUUGCAGCUGUAAUACUGUGAAGCUGUGUUAGUAUUUUGGCAGUUUUCUUGCUCUGUUAUUAAUUAUUACUGUGACCUUUUUGAUUUGUAACAGGCAAUUCUCUGUAGGUAUAUUUCUAAACCUCCAGUGUUUUCUAUACUAAUGUGUUUUCCUCAGUAAGCCCUUGUGAUGGUGGUCCCUUAGUAUGUUCACUUCUUUUGUAAAUGUAUUUUUAUGUAUUUUGAGUUUAUUUUUAUUAUUACUUUUCAAUGGCUCUUGUUAGCUUCAUAUAUGGAUUGGCAAUUGUGUGUGUGUCUUUUUUUAUUAAUUUCCUUUUCUUUUUAUGUACAGCACUUGGCGUUGCAUUGUCGUUUGAUAAAAAGAGCUUUUUCAAUAAAGUCUGAUUGAUUAGUAAAUGGGUUUUCAUCCAGCAGCCUUUUAUUGACAAAGUGAAAUAACAGGCAUACACAGUCUAAGGUUUAGAUUUUUCAGCCACAAUGUUUUUAUUUUGCUGUUUGCAGGGGCGUCACUAGGUUUUAAGGACAGGGGGGGCUUAGCCCCCAAGAGAUGAACAGGCUGUGAGUGAACGUAGUGAGAGUGAAAAUUUCACAAACAGAAAACAAAGACUGAGAAAUUGCUUUUUAGUUUUUUUGGAUGGAUUUAACUACGAUAUAGUCUCAGGCCACCAGUAGUUUUUUUGUUUUAUUUCAGUCUGUUUUUUCUUCAGUUCUUGCAACCACUACUGACCAAACUAUCAUGUUUUAUGUUUUUGCCAAACAGUCAUGGGAAACAGAAAGCUGUAUUCUGGUUGACUGAAUAUCCUAACCAGUUGUGCUUUUCAAACCAGCUGUAGUGAAAUGCUCGCUUCUGUGUACCAAAACUAUCUUGUGGGUAGCUCUUCAGCUUGACCUGUCUGGGCCCUGUGUCUUUGUCACCUAAAUCAAACCCUGUAGUGAAAUGAGUUGCUGCAGCUGCUUCAUUAUUUUCCCUCUCUUGGCCUGUUUGCUCUCCUCUCUCAGCUUCCUCUGCCAUUUGCUGCAGCUCCUCAGCCUUUCCUUCUGCCUGACCCUCCAAGAUACAUUGAAACACAUUGAAUUAAUAACUAAUCCAACAUAGAGGCUAAUGUCAUGACUUAUGCUCACACACCACAGUAAUUUUUUGCUCCCAAAUAGUAAGAUGUUACACAGAUUACAUUUUGGGCCCAUAUGUGACUAAAAUGGUUGCAAUUUAAAGCCCUGAAAAAUAUUACUAAAUUACUUGACUUAAAGUAAUAUUAAAACAGAACCCCCAAAAAUAUUUGGGUCAGGCUAAUUUAUCUCUUUGCUCUCUCCACUUUCUAAUCUUGACUCUCAAAUAAAAACUCAAAUGAAAUAAGUCUUAUAUGGUGCACCAUGACUGAAAUUUCAUAUUUUAUAUCCAUAUUGAGCUCCAUAAAAUUCUAAUCAGACUGUCUGCAUCACUCCUGUGAAUUCUUUUAGACUCACCUGUCCAGUAGAGGUGUCUCCCCUCUCACUAGGGGUGGGAAUCUUCAGGCACAUCACGAUUCGAUUACGAUUACGAUUCAGGGGCUACGAUUCGAUUCUGAAACGAUUAUCCCCCCCCAGCUAUUACACAUUUCUUUUUGUCUCACUGUGUAACCAUUCACCACUUUGUGUUUUUAAAAUAUUAAUCAUGAGAAACAAUUAAAUGAAUUAAUUUCCACUAUCUUUUAUUAUACUUGUGGAAAUGUGUAAACAGGAAAGUUACAACUUCAUGUAAAGAACAAAAGGUAGCAGCAUCCUUGGCUUUUAGCAUAUCCUGACCUGAAUACGGACGUAAAUCCUUGGCAAUAAAUGUAGCGAUGGACUUCGUGAUUCGUUUCGCCUUUUCCGAUGAGGGGGGAAGCUUUGUAAUUGCUUUCUCGAUUGUUCUCUGUUUGGUGGAGGCAGCCGUAGCCUCGACAGCAGCCGGGCAUCUUCCCUCCUCGUUCGGGUGAAAACGAGUGAUGUGGCUCCUCAUGUUCGGGGUGUUACCAAAGUAUUUUAUCUUGGAGUGACACAGUUUACAUAUAGUGUGGCUCUUGUCCAGUUCAAGUCCACCCUCAACUCUGUAGAAGCCAAAAUUCUUGCAUACAUUAGCUUUUAAUCCGGAAGGGGCAGGGUGGAUCUCGCGCUCAGCCAUGCUUCUUUGUUAUGUGCUCCCCUUAAAGUGUCCGCCGGGUGACAACGCGCUGCACGAGUUCCGCCUUUUCGUUCCGCCUAUUUCACGUUAUUUAACAUCUAAAUAAUCGGAAUUUGGACGUUUGUGAAUCGAUUCAGAAUCGUCCUUGCCUGAAUCGAGAUGCAUCUAAGAAUCGAUAUUUUCCCCCACCACUACCUCUCACUAGCUUUGCUCCUCUGUCCUGACUCCUACAGGUCAGUGGGGAUGGUGGGAUGACUAUUAUUAGUGCAUUAUUAUUAUCCACUGAUGAUAAUCAUACGUGAAUGAGCUCAGCUCGCUUUUUUCAGAGCUAAAACAAGUGACAGAAAUCAACAUCAUGCUAACAAUUUAACUUGGUGUGACAGCCAGGUUUUUAUUUCUCAAAAUGGGGAGCACCUGGUUCAUAAAUUACAUGGGACUAUUUGCUGUUAGCUGGAGCUUAUUGUUACUACCAGCUGCUAUAAAGACUUACUUUUUUGAAAAACUUGCGUAUGUCCAUGAUGCUGCUCUCUGCCUGGCUCGUGACGUGACCGUCUCGCUGUGACUGUGUGCAGGGAGCAUGUAGGUGCUGCUGCUGGCAGCAGUGAAAACGCGGACUGGAUUUUCAGUAAUGUGGGCGUUCUCUAUAUCAACAAGUGGAACGGAUUGAAUAACUUAGCGCUGACGAAGGCUCUCCACCUUACACAGUGAAGUCAUGGGAAACUAAAUGAUUUGUGAUCAUAUUUAAGUGAAUAAUGACAUGUUAAAAAAUGUUUAAAAAAUAUAUAUAUAUUUAGGGGGGCUAAAGAAUAUUUAAGGGGGGCUUCAGCCUAACGACGCCAAUGGUUGUCGGUAGGCAAACGAUGGAAAAUCAGUGAGGGAGUGAGUGAGAUGCACUCUGAUUGAGGUUCUGUGUAACUGAAGUCUUUGUCUUUUUGUGGAGAGCUGGUAAUAGUGUUUGACUAAACAUGGCUGCAGUGAGGAUUUGAAAUUGUGACUGCAGCAGGUUUACUGACUUUCUCUGUGUCCUUGGUUUUCCAGCACAGAGAUUUUACACAAGUCUUUGGCUACAUUAUCAGUGAUACAUCUUGUGAUCUCUUGAGCUUUCAAACUUAUAUGGGGAAGUGAGCUUUUUGACCUGUUUCCUUGCAUCCAGUCAAAUCUUUAUGAGGUGACAAUCAGGGCAGGCUCUUAUAUUCUCUGAGGCAAAGAACACUGUAGUCUAACUGCUUAUUGUUUUUGUGAGUCUGUCUUAUUUUCUCCUUUCUCAUUUCUGAGGACCCACUUAGGGUUAAGUAUUGUUUGAAUUUGAAGAAUUCCAACUCCUUUUUUCAAUUCUGGUUCCAAACAAUUCUCUGUUCUGAUUCUUUAAAAUAAGAAUAAAGGUCCUUUCACACCGGGACCGUUUUUGUUGUGCGAUUAUUUUGGAUGUCAAUAUUUUUUUCGAACCUGUAUCCUGUCAAUACAAGCGUUCACAUCAGCUACGUCUUCCCGUCCUGCCAUAUUGCAGCAUUUAUUUUUUCAGAUCAUGGUCAAUUUUUCUUACGUUUCGCAUACUGUGUAUCCACUUCCCACCAAUCAGACUGCGUGUUGUUGUGACGUCAGAUUGUGGUAUAUCCAACAUGGCUGACCGGCUGAUUGUUUACGUGUCGGAGAACAGAGUGCUUUUUGAUAAAAGACAGACAUUACAAAGAUAACGACCUGAAGGACAACUUGUGGAGAGUCUUAGCGUCGGAUUUGUCAUACGAUGUUUUUUUGUGCUUUAACAGUUUGCUGAAUGUCUUGCGUGCUUAUGUUAUCGCCUCCGAUUGGCUAUAAGUGCUGACCGUUUGGCUUGAGCGGGUAAUGACGUUUCCAGCUUUUCUAGUCAAUCAGAGGCAAAGGAGGUGGGACUCUUCCUGGGAAAAGUCUUCCUCGGGAUGCAUCUUUUUUUACCCCGGAAAGUUGCAAAAUUGCAUCAGGCUUGAUGUGUAUAGUCAGGCGCGUCAAAAUUCGCCUCUGAAUAUUUCACAAUUCUCGUUCUAUAUUCACAUCGGCUCUGGUGUGUAAGGACCUUAGGAUUAACUUUAUUCAUCCCUGAAAGGAAAUUCAAUUGUCUGUAGUCUCAGUUGUCAUGUGUCAAAAAGUCAGUCACUAUUUAAAGAAGAGUUGUAAAGUGUGAUAGCUGUUGGUACAAAAGAUCUUCUGAAUCUCUCUGUCACAAAUCGAAGAGAGAGGAGUCGUCCACCACCAUUGGCCCUUUGGUCCAUCAAGGUGUUAUAAAGUGGGUGAUCCUUGUUCUUGAGAAUAGUCUCCACCUUCCUCAGUGUAGAUCUCUCCACCACAUCCUCCACUGAGUCCAGCUUGAGUCCAACCACAGAGCCAGCCUUUUUCACCAGUUUGUUAAGACGUCUUACAUCUUUGUGUUUGAUGCUUCCUCCCCAGCAGACUGCAGCGUGGAACAGAACUCUUGCCACCACAGACUGAUAAAACAUCUGCAGCGUCUUACUACAGAUGUCUAUUGAUCGGAGUCUUCUCAGGCAAAAGAGGUGGCUCCGCCCCUUUCUGUAGAUGUAGUCUAUAUUCUUAGACCAAUCCAACUUAUUAUCCAGAUGUACACCUAGAUAUUUAUGAUGUCACCACUUCGAUGUCCACUCCACAGGUGUUCACUGGCUGAAGAGGGGGUUUGGAUCUGCAGAAGUCUAUGACCAUCUCCUUUGUCUUUGAGGUGUUGAGGAGGAGGCAGUUUUUGUGACUCCAGUCACUGAAGGCUCUUAUCAGAUCUCUGUAUUCAGCUUCUUGUCCAUUUCUGAUACAUGCCACAAUAGCGGUGUCAUCUGAGUAUUUCUGGAUGUGGCAGGACUCAGUGCUGUAUUUGAAGCCUGACGUGUACAGUGUGAACAGGAAUGGCGCCAGGACUGUCCCUUGUGAAGCCCCUGUACUGCUCAUUAAUGUCCCAGAAACACAGUUCCCCAGCCUGACAAACUGUGGCCUUCCUGUCAGGUAAUCUGUGAUCCAGGAAACACAGGUAGGAUCCACUCCCAUCUCUGUGAGCUUGUCUUUGAGUAUGGUGGGUUGGAUGGUGUUGAAUGCACUUUAAAAGUCGAAGAACAUGAUCCUCACAUAAACCCCAGGUUCCUCCAGAUGAGACAGGGCAAGAUGAAGCAUGUAGAGGACAGCAUCAUCCACUCCAAUGUGUUCUUUGUACGCGAACUGCAGGGAAUCCAGUUUGAUUUUGACCUCAGACCUCAGAAGGCGUAGAAUCAGCCGCUCCAGGGUUUUCAUGAUGUGUGAAGUGAGGGCCACUGAUCUGUAGUCAUUGAGUUCAGCAGGACAUUUUGUUUUCGGUACUGGCACAAUGCAGGAUGUUUUCCACAGAGCAGGUACCCGCCCCAGCUGUAGUCUCAGGUUAAGGAUCCUGUGGAGAGGCUGACAUAGUUCGGCCAGCUGCCUUCCCAGGACAAAGUCUUCCAAGCUCCAACCUCACCCCUGUUUCGGUGACAGACAAGGACUGGUGUUUGAGAAGGGAGGUAGUUGAACAAGAUGGAAGAGGAAGGGGAGCAGUUGUAGUGGAGAUUUGUUGCAGAGAGGAAGGUGGAGUAGCAGUGGAAGUGGGUGUGACAACAGUGUCAAAUCUGUUGAAGAACAGGUUGAGUUCAUCAGCUCUUUUCACAUCACCCACCACUGGCUGUCUUUUCUUUUCAUUGCUUUGUCCAGAGAUGGUACUGAUUCCUCUCCACACUUCACAGAUGUUGCUGUGUUGUAGCUUCUUCUCUAUCUUCUUUUUGUACUCCAGCUUUGCCAUCUUCAGUCUCCUCUUAAACUCUUGUUGCACUUGUUCGAGUCGUUCUUUGUCAUCAUCUUUAAAAGCUUUCUUUUUCUGGUUAAGGAUUGCUUUUAUGUCACUUGUGAGAAGUUGAUGUACUCAGUAAAGCAGUCAACCUGUUUAUCAAUGUUCAUACUAUCCACAUCUGUUUCCAGCAGCACAUUCCAGUCUGUUGAUUUAAAACUGUCCCUUAGAGCUUCACUGGCUUGAGGUGUCCAUCUUCUGAUUUUGACUUUGGUCACAGGCUGCCUCAGCACACAAGGUCUGCAGGUUUGCAGAUAGACCAAGUUUAAUUUGACUUGCCCAGUGGUGGUAAGGCAGUGGCUCUGUAGGCUUCUUUGACGUUGGCAUACAGCAGAUCCAGGGUUUUGUUUUCUCAGGUAGGACAGUUCACAAACUGUGUGAAUCCAGUCAGGUGAGAGGAGAGGGUGACAUGGUUGAAGUCUCCUGAUAUUAUUAUUAGUGCCUCAGGGUGUUGAGUCUGUAGCCUGGCAACACUAUUAUGCAAAAGAUUCCAUGGAAUUUCUGCAGUUAAUUUGAGUGGGUGCAAACAAGUAUUCUUAUGAUAUGACUAAAUUCUCUUGGAACAUAAUAUGGCUGAAGAGCAACUGCCAACAGUUCGAUAUCUGGACAACACAACUUCUCCUUGACAGUUAUGAGUGAAGGGUUACACCAUCUCUGGUUAACAAAUAAAGCCAGACCGCCUCCUUUCUUCUUGCCACUGGUUUUAGGAUCUCUGUCUGACCUUAUGAGAGUGACGCCAGUAAAAUGGCAGUGUCAAGAAAAUUCUUUGUUUUAAAUGAGGGCGCUAGCCAGAGUUCUUUUUUGGAUAAAAUGUCUGAACUUCUCCAUGAAUUUUGAAUGAAUGAAUGAAAAUAUGAAUAUGAAUAUCUCACGGGGCUUUUUUUAACCAGUAUAUAAAAAUCAAUCUUUGUUGUCAGGUCGUUUUGCUAUGAAAAAAGCACAUGGGCUAACGUUAGUUGGAUAUUUAAGUUGACCCACCGUAUAUAGUACAAUUCAUUCACCCCUACAAUGUUAGCCAAAGACAGAAGUAAUUUAUUGUUUUACUUAUCUGAUUCUGACGGGUUAGAGGAAGAUCGGCACAAGGCGUCAAAGAGGGGGUGCUCAGUUAUUUACUCCAUGAAUCUGUAGGUGUUUAAUCAUGCCGGUCGUGCACCCUCCUUUGCACAAUACAACUGUGUGGCAAAUAUUGAGAUGACAGUUCAUUAUCCCUGCGAAAGUUAAGCCAAACUUUUGACCGCCGCUGUGGGUUGCAAUGCACACACACGCACACACACACACACACACACACACACACACACACACACACACACACACACACACUCUCUCUCUCUCUCUCUCUCUCUCUCUCUCUCUCUCUGUCUGUUGCUCUCUCUGUGGCUUUGGCUCAUAUGCUAUGUCUUUGUUGGCAUUUCUUCAUUGGUCUUUGGUGGCUAUUUCUACUGGUCAGGGACUCUGGCAUUGAAAUUUGGAAUCGAAAUUUUACAAAUUUGAACGGUUCUGGAAGAAUCGGAAUGGUACUCCUGGUUCCCAUCGAUACCCAAGAUUCAAUGCCCAACACUAAACCCACAGCUAGGAAAUUGAAAUUAAAAACUUCUCAAACAUCCACAAUUUUUUAACCUUCAUUUUAUGUCCUACUUCCAGAUUUUGUCAUUUUUGCCAAGGCAGGGGACAGUUCUCACUUCUCUCCACUCUAAUACUACACAGCUAAAACGAAACAACACUUUUGCCUGGAAAAUCUAGUGUUUUGUAUAGUCACAGAUCCAUAAUAGUAUCUGGACACUUAUUCUUUCAAUGACACUGAUAUUGACAAUACUUUGACAUCGCUCGUUUUUACUCAGCUGUAUACAUUCCUGAAACCAAUAUGAUAGUUCAUGAUUUCAAAAGUGGUCAGCAGUUCAGUCACUAGUUCUUGUUACAACACACUUUAUACAGUAAGGUAAAUAAUAUUUCACUCUUAGAUGGUGUGCCAACAAAAACUUUGUAUCAGUAAAUUACUGUGUUUUUAAACAGCAUCAAACCACAACCGAGGUUAUAUAUCGAUAGUUUCAUGCCAAGUAACAACUCAGGCCAGGUUUAGACUAUUAUCUUUUUAUUAUUAUUCACUUAGUCCUCACUUCAUUCACCCAGGCAAUCCAUCCAGCAAGAGCUAAAAGCUUUGCAAAAUCAAAAUCAAAAUAACUUUUCUUUCUUGAUUCCUGACUGUGAUUUGUACUGUGUGUUCCUCCUGGCUAUGUUGUAAUGACAGAGGAGUUUGUACUUAAGUUGGAUCUGUCCAGUUGUGAUAAGGUUAGCCUAUAACAUUUUUGCAUUUUAAAUGCUGAGCAGAUGCGUAAUGGAUAAAGAGGGGGGCAGAAAAUUAACAAUUUGUGUAUUUGUGUGUCGUUGGUCUUUUUGCCACAAGUUCAGAGAAAGCGUUUUCAGCUGUACAGAAUACUUCUUCAGAUGUUAAAGAAAAAACUGUUAAAGGUUUAACUCUGGGUCAUCUCAACAAGUCCCUCUGUACAACUGAUUUUAAUCCAGCUUGAACAAAUCAGCAGCAUAUCUUCCAAGAACCUGGACAUCAUAACUGAAGACCAGCUAAAACAGGGUCCCAUGAUCUUGAUUGCUUGGUCAUAACAACACCAAGAAGAUCAGACCCUUUAAUCAUCCAAGCACAAACAUCAUCUUAACAAAAUGGUAAAGUUUUAACACCUAGCCAUCCUUGUCAAACUUUUAUGAUAUAGGUGUGUGAUUUUUUAUAGUGCACAUUUUACACAUAAGAUAGACAGAGACAGUGCAGCUUUCCUAUGCAUGUGUCUCUCUGCAGGUAAUUCAUUGUUUGCUUCCAUCCUGAGAGACCUGUGCUGUUCCAACAACACAGGGGAAUUAUUGCGGUUGCUGUUGUUUGUCUACCAACUCCUCCAAUAGUGUUAACUCUGUCUCUCUUUCUGUAUCCUGCUCUCAUCCUCACCCCCCAGAGAAGUGAAACAACAUGGGGAAACACAACAGCAAGCUGGCUCCAGAGGUCCUGGAUGACCUUACCAAGAACACCGAAUUCAAUGAGGCAGAGCUGAAGCAAUGGUACAAAGGCUUCCUUAAAGAUUGUCCUUCUGGCAUUCUUAACCUGGACGAGUUUCAACAGCUCUAUGUCAAGGUGAGGGAAGGCAAGACAUAUAUUAAGAGAUAAAUCAGAGUUAAGGAAAUUAUACAGUUAUUCACUCAAUACAAGGCUUUUACAAAGUGGCUUUUCUCUACAUAGAAAAUUGAAUAUUUUUUCUCUUAUAACUAGAAUAACUCUGAACAUUUGGCUGUUAUACAGAAAGCUCAUAUAUUCAUUACAGAGGGGGCAUCUUGAUUUUGAGGCACACACAGAGGCUUUGUUUCUGGUCAUGACUCUGUUGCUUCCUGACAAUUUGAUUGAAAAUUCUUUGGCCCAUAAUUUGGCACAGUACCGGAGAGUGACCAACAUUGAAGUUUAUAUUUCUAAAUCAGUUUUUUUUUUAUUUCUGCUUUUGUAAUUUUAAAAAAGCAAAAAGGGACAACUAGGCCAUAUAAUUGAGGAAUUAAUUAACCAGUGUGAGUAACUGAGCUGUAAUUUUUAGAAUAUCAAAAAAUAAGACUAAAUUAACCAGGCUGAAGCUAAGCAGCAGAGAAAGAAGAGGUUUGAUUGAAAUAUCUUAUUCAUAGGGACAAGUAUUUUACAUAUUAAACAGAGUGUCUUCAACUUCUGGUCAUGACUGAAAUAUUUUCUUUUCAAUAAGCAACUUCAACUCCUUUUUUUCUCAGUAUGAGCUGCUGUCAGUGAAAAGUAAGGGCAAACAAAUAAACAUAAUUCCGUCUUGUUACAAGUAAGCAGAUUUGCAUGACCACUUUUGGUUAUUCCAAUGAAAUCCUGUGAUUAAAAUUUCCUGUGGUGCAAGAGGCAUUAAUCAUAGUCCUAGUAGCCUGACAUAAAAAAAUGAGGUUAUGCUUCCGUUGUGUGCUUUUGUUGUUAUUAUAUUUUCAAUGAAAUCAGAUGUCCAAAACAACCGUUUCAUUUGCAAUCAUUUUUGUGCUGUGCGAAAGUAUUUGCCCCUUACAGAUUUCCUGUUAAUGAUUUUUUGUCACACAUGCCACAGAUCUUUCAGACAUAGAUUACCUGAGUAAAUAAUAAGUUAUUUCAUUUCUUAAGGGGAAGAAAGUGGAGCAGUUCUCUAGCAUGGAGCAGUUCUCUAGCUCCUGCUACCAACUUUCUCAUUUACCAUUUCGAACCCUACUUUUCUUGUCACAACACCAAGUGACUGGGUCUAACUGGGAAUAGCACUGAUGCUAUGGCAGUAUUUAUAUCAAAAUUGGGAGAACAACCCAACAAAGACAUAGCAGCAGAGAAUUCAGCAGCUAGCAUUUCAACAUCUCAGAUCUGCUCGAGAGACACAUACAGUGCAUCCGGAGAGUAUUCAUACCACUUCACUUUUUCCACAUUUUGUUAUGUUACAGCCUUAGUCCAAAAUGGAUUAAAUUCCCUUUUUCCCUCAAAAAUUCUACUCAAAAUACCCCAUAAUGACAAAGUGAAAAACUUUUUUGGGAACAUUUAGCAAAUUUAUUAAAAAUAAGAACACUCAAAUGUUGCAUAUACAUAAGUAUUCACACCUUUUACUCAAUACUUGGUUGAAGCACCUUUGGCAGCGAUUACAGCCUCCAGUCUUCUUGUGUAUGAUGCAACAAGCUUGGCACACCUGGAUUUGGGGAGUUUUUUUUCCCCAUUCUUCCUUGCACAUCCUCUCAAGCUCAGUGAGGUUGAGUGGGCAGCGUCGGUGCACAGCUACUUUCAGGUCUUUACAAGGAUGUGCAAUCGGGUUCGAGUCUGGGCUCUGGCUGGGCCACUCAGGGACAUUCAGAGACUUGUCCUGAAGCCACUCCUUUGUCUUCUUGGCCGAGUGCUUAGGGUCAUUGUCAUGCUGGAAGAUGAAGCGUUGCCCCAGUCGAAGGUCUCGAGCGCUCUGGAGCAGGUCUUUAUCAAGGAUUUUGAUGUACUUAGCUGCAUUAAUUUUUCCCUCGAUCCUGACAAGUCUCCAAGUUCCUGCCGCUGAAAAACAUCCCCACAGCAUGAUGCUGCCACCACCGUGCUUCACUGUAGGGAUGGUAUUGGCGAGGUGGUGAGCGGUGCCUGGUUUCCUCCAGACAUGAUACUUGGCAUUCAGGCCAAAGAGUUUGAUCUUUGUUUCAUCAGACCAGAGAAUUUUGUUUCUCCUGGUCUGAGUCCUUCAGGUGCCUUCUAGCAAAGUCCAAGUGGGCUGUCAUGUGCUUUUUACUGAGGAGUGGCUUCUGUCUGGCCACUCUACCAUAAAUGCCUGAGUGGUGGAGUGCUGCAGAGAUGGUGGUCCUUCUGUAGGGUUCUCCCAUCUCCUCAGAGGAACACUGGAGCUCUGUCAGAGUGACCAUCGGGUUCUUGGUCACCUCCCUGACCAAGGCCCUUCUCCCCCACUUGCUCAUUUUGGCUGGGUGGCCAGCUCUAGGAAGAGUCCUGGUGGUUCCAAACAUCUUCCAUUUCUUAACGAUGGAGACCACUGUGUUUUUUGGGAUCUUCAAUGCAGCUGAUAUUUCCUGUAACCUUCUCCAGAUCUGUGCGCCGAAACAACCCUGUUUCGGAGGUCUACAGACAAUUCUUUCGACUUCAUGGCUUGGUUUGUGCUCUGACGUGCUCUGUCAGCUGGUGGAUCUUAUAUAGACAGGUGUGGCUUUCCAAAUCAUGUCCAAUCAGCUGAAUUUGCCACAGGUGGACUGCAAUCAAGUUGGAGGAACAUUUCAAGGCUGAUCAGUGGAAACAGGAUGCACCGGAGCUCAGUUUUGAGUUUUAUAGCAAAGUGUGUGAAUACUUGUAUUUGCAACAUUUGAGUGUCUUAUUUUUAAUAAAUUUGCAAAAAUGUUCUAAAAAAAGUUUUUCGCUUUGUCAUUAUGGAGUAUUUUGUGUAGAAUUUUGAGGAAAAAAAAGGAAUUUAAUCCAUUUUGGAAUAAGGCUGUAACAUAACAAAAUGUGGAAAAAAUGAAGUGGUAUGAAUACUAUCUGGAUGCACUGUAGCUUCAUUAGCAGCUGACUUCAAGUCAUUAUUUAUGAGUCUGGAAACCAAGCUGGAUAAGAUUCAAGUGGUGGUCGUGGACCAAGGACAGUGUAUAACUGAUCUUGAGUCCACUGUGGAGGAGAUUAGUCAACAUUUGCAGCAGCUUGAUGCUAUAUGCAGAAAGAUAAUAAGUGGCUGAAAACCAAACUCUAUGAUUUAGAGGGACACAGUAGAAGACAGAGUACUCAGUCCGUUGAGGGUGCACGCCUGACUCCCUUUUUCUCAGCUCUUCAGUGUCCUUGGUGAGCAUAUACUCUCUUCUACCCCAGAGCUGGACAGAGCCCACCAGAGUCUCACAUCCCAGCCUGGCCCAUGGGACGGACUGCGUCCCAUCAUUAUUAAUUUCCAUUGUUAUGAGACUAAGGAUUUGGACUUUGAGGGGGGGAGAACAUGCAGCGCAUGGUCGGGGCCAGACUCAAACCCACGACCACUGCAUGGACCGUGGUCCCCCAUACAUGGGGCGUACUAACCCUCUUGGCCAUCUGCACACCCCUUGUCAAGGGGUUUUUAACCAAUCAGAAUCAAAUGCUUCAUUCAGGUUAUUACAACACUGGAUUGAUCCUACAUUGCCUAUCAAAGGAGGAUGUGCCAUACAAUUUGCAGUACUCAAAUCACCUUAGUAGAUGACAUGAGACUCCAGACAAUUGAAUUUCCCUUUGGUGAUCAAUAGAGUUCUUCUGACCUUACCAUAUCUUAUCUUAUCUUACCUUGUUUUUCAUUUUCCCCCUCAGUUUUUCCCAUAUGGUGAUGCUUCUAAAUUCGCCCAGCAUGCGUUCCGGACAUUCGACAAGAAUGGUGAUGGAACCAUUGACUUCAGAGAGUUCAUCUGUGCCCUGUCCAUCACCUCCAGGGGCAGCUUUGAACAGAAACUCAACUGGGCCUUCAACAUGUAUGACCUUGAUGGAGAUGGAAAGAUCACUCGUAUGGAGAUGCUCGAGAUCAUUGAGGUACAGAAUGUGUCAUUCAAGCAGUAGUGGACCUUAGAAGUAGUAGUAGCAGGAUUGGAGCUUUUUUUGCUUACACAAGUGAACCGCUAUCAUUUUCUCCUUAUUCCCCUCUUUAGGCCAUCUAUAAGAUGGUUGGAACAGUGAUCAUGAUGCGAAUGAAUGAAGAUGGGCUGACCCCGCAGCAGCGUGUGGACAAGAUCUUCUCAAAGAUGGACAAGGACCACAAUGAUGAGAUCACCCUGGAAGAAUUUAAAGAGGCUGCCAAAUCUGACCCUUCCAUCGUCUUACUGCUGCAGUGCGACAUGCAGAAGUAGAAAGAGGGAUGGGUAGAGAAACAAAAGGGGCGGUGGGAGGUAGAGUUGAGUUGAAGCAAGAGAAGGAUGGAUGAGACAACAGAAGGGCUGAUGAUAAAAGGGAGGGAUGCAGUUAAGGGAGGAGGAGUAGGUGGAAAACUUUUCUGUAUCACAGUGAAUAAAGCAAAUUGGGAACAUGGUGGACCCAUGGUUAAUGCCAUUCUUUUUCCAGGUUAUCCCAUUGUGAAGUUCACUUCUAAAGCCCCUGUGUUUCACUGUGGCAGUGUCUGAAGUGCAAAAGCUCUUAUUUCUGAAAUAAUAAAUGGUAACUUAGCCAUCUGGUGAUACAAAUUAAUUGUUCCCCUAAUGAAAAACAUCAACAAUAUGCUCUCUCUUUUUUUUUAAAUAAAGCUAUCAUUCUUUUGCUUUUAGACAACUACAUAAAAAGGAUUUGAGUUACUCAUAAAUAUUGAUUAAAAUGAAGUCUUGAGAUGAAGUCUAAAAUUAUUAAGAGGAAAGAGCUAUGCAAGGUCAUAUAAAGGGAACUCCAUAAGCUUUAUACGCAACUUGACUGUUAAAUUGCUGUAUGUUUUAGUUUAAGUGAUGCAAAACAUAAGUCACCCCCCCGAAAGAAAAAACAACAAACAAAAAACAGGUUGUUUAAUCUAAUUUGACACAAGCAAACUAAUGAAAAUUAUGUGAGUAUAUCACUGUAACUGGCUAGAAAUGUCAAGAAAUCUUUAACCCCAGGUAUUACUGCAGCCUAUCACUUAAAGUCCCUGGAUUUUCCUUUGUCUUUGGACAGAGUUUGGCUAGCUAUUUCACCUUGUUUCCAUACUUAAUCUUGAGAUACAGUGUUUAAAUUCACACUCCCAAAAUAGCAAAUGUGGUGAUUGGAUUCUAUGCUCUAUGGGAUGACCUGAAGACAGGAAUGGCAUUAAAUCAGAUGUUGUUUGUUCUGUAUGGUCCAUCUUGAGCUACAAGACAGCGGUAAACAAUAGGGUAAGAUACUACUUAAAUCAACAAAUUUAUGAGCUGUGUUUGAAUUUGGUUGUUGAUGUUUUGAAUAUGAAUGUGAAAUGUACAGUAUGUGCAGACAGUUUAGAACAAAACAGUCUUGUUAAAACCAGCUCAAACUAACCAUCAAACAUGUGUCAGAAGUGUGCAAUAACAGCAGUUAUUUUGACAGCCACUAGAAGACAGCAUUUCCAACAGGCUACAUUUCACGUAGAAGCUCUGAGUAUGGGGAAGGCAGGUGAUGAAUGUCUCAGAUGGCUGCCUUCAGCAGCAUGAUCAAGCAUACUGAUGUGUCACUAAGUACCUUCGGGCUGCACCUACAGCUUUUCCCCAUGUCAAUAAAUCAGUAUUUAAUCCAAAUAAUAAUUAAAAAAAAAAAAUUUAAAAACCAUUUAAUUAGGCUGAAUUCACUUUGUCCUUAAAUUUAGUCUAUUUUUAGUUAGUGAACAUGUUUUUACAUAGUUAUCUUUGCAAUUAAUUGACUCUUUUUCAAUGGCAGUCUCAGUUUCAGGCCUUAAAAUUUUAUAUUUAACAUUCAACCGAAUUCAAUGAAUGUCAUUUAACAUGUAAAGAAAAAGUUGUGUGAGAGAAACCUUGGAUCAUAUUUUUUAGGGACAGCAUAGAAAUUCACCUGAAUUACAGUAUCUGCAAAUUCCCAUUGAAGACUGUUUGGAAAAGUAUGUGUUGUCCCCUAAUGCAAGUAUCAUUUUCAAUUAUGUUUUUUUUUUUAACUUCAGGAUAUAUUAGUCAUACAAGUAGGCCCAAAAUAUGUCAUGUAAUAGUGUAAAAACAGUCAGUAACUGUUUUUGCCAGUUGCUAUAGUAAUAAGAACAAGGGGGAACCCAAAACUAAUUUUUCAGUGUUUUCACAUUUUAACACUAUUACUGAUGUUAAGCCAGGAUCAUCUAUAGAAUGUCUAUUUUGACAAUUGCCAUUUGGAUGCAUAAAAGGUAAUUGGAGGAGCUGUCAGGUGAUAUUAGCUGGCUUUGGGAGCAGCUGGUGUACUGAGGGCUUAGUCUGAUUUUGUGGCUCACCUGAACUAACACAAAGUCCAACUUACAGCAAUGAAACAAGUAAAUGAAAUUAGCUCUCUGUUUACUGUAAAAUGAAACUUCGUGGGUAGCAAAGCUGACCAUUAAGAUUGUCUCGGUAGACUUACGUGUAUAUGAUUUGAACACAGUUUGAAGCAGAGAAACAUACAGGAUAUUGUGAAACUUGCAAUUUCAGGAGAGACAGAAGUCACUAGACCAGUGUGAAGUGGGGAUAAUCGGGGCAGUAAUUCAGGCCAAAAGACAGAAAAGGUGUUUCUGUGAAAGGCCAGAACGGCCUCAAUGAUUCAUUGUUGUUUUACAUGGAGGGCUGAAAUUGGCUUCUCUCCUCUUCCUCUCUGUCCUGUUGUCCUGCUUCUCCUUCCAUCCUAAAUGUCAGAGGGGAAGCGCUUUGAUUAUGGGUUGGGGGAGAGGAACUUUGCGCUGAACUCAUCUCAGAUCUAAAAUCAAUUGAAAAAAGAGCAAAGGUUGAAGAGUAAGCCUUGGUGGUGGUGGUGGUGGUGGUGUGUAUGUGUGUGUGUGUGUGUGUGUGUGCACCUGCUUGUGCAUGUGAAUAGAAGCAGACAACUAGAAAGAGUAAAGACUUUUUUAGAGCUCCCAAACAUUGUGAUAGUAUUAGUGUGCAGGGCUUAGCUGGAGGGGAAAAUAAUCCUCUAGACAUAUAAACCAGCACUAGCUAGCAAGCUGCUGGCUUGUUUUCAACAAUGGUGAAAGAUAACUCAAUUCUCUCUAUAUGUGAGGUCACUUAUUGUUUGGAUCCAAAAGUCUCCUCAAUGAGUUAACAAUUACUACUUAGAACAGACUGGCCAACUCCUAUGGACAGAUGGAUGGAUGGAUGGAUGGAUGGAUGAUGGAUGAUUUGAAAGGACUUAAAAGGCUAAAAAGGCCUGAUAUUUACCUUCAUGGAUAAAUUUAUAAAACAAUCUUGUCAAUGGCUUCCAGAUACCUAAGUCAAGGAUAAAGAUAACCAAUACAAUACGUUUACAUGACACUCGAGAAAAACUAAUUAUUGCCUUACUUCGAUAAAGACCGGACAACUGAAGCGCAUGUAUACACCUUAGUCCAACUGUAAUCUGAGUUUGAAAACUCCAAUUAGAGCCGGAGAACUCUGAUUAAGACACCCAGAUAAUGGGAUUGGAAUUCGAUUUUCCUUACCAUGUAAUCAGCGUAGUCGGAGUGUUCGGACAAUGCGUGUGCACGUGUGCCACGCCCCCAUAACCCCAGAACAUAAAUGAAACAAAAACCAGAGAAGGAGUAGCGUGCGCCUCGUGCAGAAAAAGUAACGCACACAUCAUGUACGACAAAAAAAAACGGUGUAUGAUGUUCCAUCUUUUUGCUCGUAAAAUGCCUAGCAGCAGGUGUAGCCACUUCCGACGUCCUGCACGGACCUGUUGUUGAUGGUUGAAUGUCAUCCAGAAACACCACCGCUGAAAAGACCCAUAUUGACCCCUAGUUUUGGGAGGAGGAAACAUUCAUGUAAAUAAUUUAAUUUUCUCAGCUGCAUGUAUAUGCGGACAAGGAGAGAAGUCCGAUUCAGCGAAAAAAAACGAGUUAUGAGCUUAGUCCGAUUAAGCUGUGCAUGUAAACGCACUGAUAGACAACAGGUGCUUUUUUACAUUAUCAGAUGGGUAGUGUGUAAAAAAAACAUGCAAUCAAUUUUGAUUUUCACCUCUACCUGGUUCAUUUUUGACUACAUUUGACCAUAGUUGUAAUUGCUUUAGUUGAUGGGCAGUGACAACUGGUACGGUAUAUGGCAGAAUCUCAGUCUUGAUACAUAACUAUUACUAUUACUUAACUAUUACGUUUUGUUUUGUUUGGCCUCCAGCUAAUACAAUAACACUGUUGUGGCAUUGGCUUCCUCAAAGUACCCUAUAAGUAUACUUUAAAUUUAAAGAGGUAUGUUGUUUCCAUCAUUAAGCUUUGAAACAUCUGUGUGGUUUUUGGAACAGCAAACCAUGCGAAGCAAAAAGCAUGCUAAUAGGUCUGAGGAGAUGACUGACAUGCUUUAUCAGUUAGGGACAUCUUUACAUCAAGAACAUUUUAACCCUCUCCUUUCAGAAAUCAGAUUAUUUUUGUACCUCCCACCCAACCGGUGAAAAUGCUCCCUCCCUAAAGUAAUAGAAAGAGCCUCCCUUGUGUGACAAUGUAAUGAUAAAACUUAAUGUAUAUUCUGAUAGGACUGUAAUCAUAUUUAGGAAUUUAAAAAGUUGAGAUAUGUACAUGUACCACUAGCUUAGAUAUAAUUUCAUAAAAUGACACAGCAACUGCACGAGUGUGAGAAAAAGAGAGUAUGUGUGUGUGUGUGUGUGUGUGUGUGUGUGUGUGUGUGUGUAGAUGUGUGUGUGCCGGUGUGCAUGCCAGUUGUGUGUUCAAAAGUGAUGGGUUGAGAUUGAGUGAUAACUGAAAGUGCUUGUGAGCUCUUAGUACGUACUGUAUAUCAGGACACUUUUACAAGUGUUUUGUAUGUGUUGUGUUACAUGUUUUGUAUUUGUAUCAUUUGUGUAACAAGAGAUGCCUCAGUCCAGUUUAAGUUUGUAAGAAUCUCAGAGUUAACCCUCACACCGAAGCACUGAGUAUUAUUACCCUCAAAAAUAUGCUUUUGUGGUCCGCUGGUGUACAGUGAUCUAUGUAUUGUCUCUGAUAUGGGGCAUGUUGUUCUGUUAGCUACAGCCUGUUGUUGCAGUUCUACAAGUAAUGCACUUGCAUAGUAACCAGCUUGGUGGACCAUUGAGUCUUUCUGGAAUGGAGGUUAGUGGCAGAAGAAACCUGGGGUGUGAGGAGAGGGGUAUCGGUAAAAAAAAAAAAAACAAUACAGCUUUUGUGUGUCACAGUGCCAUCAAGUGGAUGGAGGUAUAAUGUCACACCUCACACAUAACAGCUUCUUUGUCUAAUAGUUCAAAAACAUGCUUCAAGAUCAAAGCUAUCAAUUUAAUUGAUGUUAAAAACUUGGUAAUACUGUUCAGUCCCUCUGAAAAUAAGUGCUAAAAUCUUUGUUGAAUUAAAAGUUCUGCAAAAAAGUUUCAGAACAAACCCACCAAAAACUGCUUAUAAGGGUGUGUGAUAUUGUCAAAAAUAUUUUGGAGGAUUUUGAGGAUAAUGAUUCACAGUUGUUGAUAUUAUUUGGAGAAAAUAACAUAUAUAUAUAUAUAUAUAUAUAUAUAUAUAUAUAUAUAUAUAGGCCAGUUGCAGAUUGUCCUCUUUUGAGCAACACCUGUCCUUUCAGGCAAUUAAUCUAACACCUUGGGUUUCCAGACUGGUGCUGUUUGUUUAGUCUCCUGUCACAGUUUUUUCACUCUGUUUUUAAAUUUCAGUCAUGCAGGCAGCUACGCUAGCUUAAAGGUGGGGUAGGCAGAAUCUGAGGAAGUGCCAGUUUUUUGGAUCUUGAAUCUUAACACCACCCCUCCCAACCAGUUUUCCCCUCAGCUCCUCCUCUCCCCUCCCACUCUGCUCCAGCAAGCCCCACCCACAAACAGAUGCUCCUGCUCGCUUGUAUCAUUCCAAUUAAUUUCAGCUAUAAAGCUGAUAAAUACUUCAGAUGAUUACAAAUGGAGCCCAGUCAACAUGAAAGUAAACAGCACUGGUGCUACUGUAGAUGACAACAGACUACCAGCAAACACAAUGUUUGCAGGACUUCUAAAACUAGGAUUACUGUAAGUGGACAUAGUCCAGGAACCGAGCAACCAGUCAGCACUAGGGAGCAGCGUCCAUCUCACAACCAAUCAGGUUGGGGGAGGCUGGGAAUGGCUUUGUUUACAGUCAGAAAGAGCGGAGCGCUCAAAAAUGUUAAAACGUUGACUACAGACAUAAGAUAAUAGCAAUAUCAUUAUAUUACUAAAUGUCAUCAAUAACUAACAGCUAUUGACUGAUAUUAAAAGCUUUUUUGUAUAUACACCACAAAAAUGAUGCUUCUUCAACAGAAUCCUGCCUACCCCACCUUUAACUUGUUGUGAUAUGUGAACACUGCAUGUGUUCCCACUGUGACAAGCAGCGGUCUGUCCCGCUAGAAUUGCUCAUAUUCAGUGAAUGUGUGUGAACCCUCAAGACAUGUUUUGAUUGCUGUUUGUAAAAUGAGUGACAUACUCAAAAUUUUUACCACGCACAUAAUAAAACAAACAAUUAAGAUAUGAUCUUAGAUACUUUAUAUCACUUACCCACAUGCCUACUGUGAAAUGUAGUUUCUUUGUUACAACUGGAAUGCAUAACUAAACUUUAAGUUGCACAAAUACAUUUUUUUUCCCCAUAUUAACAGUUUAUAAUAAGACUGGCAAACCCAAGCAAUGGCUGUGAUCCCUUUGUGGGACAGUUUUCUUGGUCUUUAUGUGACUGACCAAUAAAGUAUGCUGCUAGCUAAUCAGUUAGGCGGAGAAAUAAGCAUAUGAACAUGUCCUCAUAAUUACAAAACCGAUGAUACACUUUUUUCCCCAAGAUAUAAAAGUUUUAUUGGGGUUGUCAACAAACAUUUAAAUGUAUCACUAACUUUUACUUAUCUGUCAGAUUAUUUUGCUCCUUCUUUGGAAUAAGAGACAUGAGGUUGAUUGAUGUAACCAUGAUGAAUAUCAUGUACAAAUACUCACCAAUACAGGUUAGUACAUGUUGUUGCCUCAUGUAAUUACUCAGUAAUAAUGAUUUGCUGAGUAAUCAUCCUAUUUAACAUUAAGAGUGUGUUAUGAAAUUGUUUGAUUGUAGCACAUCAUCUCACAUUCCUUUGCUUAUUAGAUUUCAACCAUUUUCAUGAGUGCAGGUUUAAAGUGGGGGAGCCAUUUUGGCUUCCAACAGCACAAAUGGUUUUGUUUUAUUGUUUGACUUGCUUUUGUAAUGAUUUUUUUUUUUCCCACGAUACGCAGAUUUAAAUUAAACUGACAAAAUUGAACAUUUACUCUGAGGACUUUCUGUGCCAGUGACGGGAUUUUUUUAAAAACAGCUAACGGUUGUAUUAGUUGUAUUGUAUUAGCUGGAGUUUGAAAAAAUUCUAAUUUCAUGCCAUGUGAUUUUUUUAAUCUGCUAUUUAUUUUACAGAAAACUCUGGACAGACUGAGAUUUGUGUCAUGAAUAUUAGCAUUAAUAGUCUCCUUCUUUAAUUUUAUUUUAUUGUUUUCUUAAGGGGAUCAUUUGUGCUCAGUGGUGUAAUAAUUCUACUCUUUAAUAUUUCUCUAUAACGUUCAUGUUAAUGUCUACUGUCUUGUCUGAUGACUUUGAUUUUGUGUUUCUGAUUUUAAUAUUAGAAUCCUAGAAUAAAGACUAUGUCAUUAUUUUUGUUACAUAGAAUAAAACACAUGGAUGUUGAGAGUACCUGCAGCUGUCGUCUUGCCUUAGCCAACGUGUUUACAACAUCUUCACACUCUGAAGCACACUCACACACU